AUGAACACCAACGUGUGCGUGGAGACGGGGCCCACCGCCGAGGCGCCGGGCCUGCCCAAGGAGAACCACCUGCCCGACGGCGCCCUCAACAGCCUUGUGGAUUACAACUCGGAGAUGGAGAGGUACCGCUCCUUCGCCACCUUCUACAAGACCAACGGCGGCGCCUUCCCGCAGGCGGCCAAGAUCGCGCGCAUCACCACCCCCAUCUUCCCCAGCGCCGCCGCCGCCGCCGCCGCGCGCAUCGGCAUGUCGCCCUGGAACUGCGACACGGCCACGGCCGCCGCCGCCACCGCCAUGCUCUGGGGCAGCGGCGGGGGCGGGGGCGGCGCGGGCGUCGGAGGCCCCGCCAACCCGGCGGCGGCCGUGGCCGGCGGCGUGGCGGCCCGCAAAGCCGCCGCAGCCGCAGCCGCCUCCUCCGCGGCCGCAGCAGCCGCCGCCGCAGCCGCCGUGGUCUCGUCGUCGGUGUCGUCGUCGUCGUCGUCGCUGCACGCCGCCGGCCGGAGCGGCGGCGGCGGGGGCGGCGGCGGGGCCGGAGCCAGCGGCCUGCACCACCGCGGCGACUCCCAGCAGCGCCUAGGCAAGCCGGGCUGCGCGCCGGCCGAGCAGGCCUCGUUGCAAAUGGCCAACAACAACUUCCUCUCCACCUUGGCGCCCGAGCACUGCAGACCUUUGGCGGGCGAAUGCAUGAACAAGCUCAAAUGCGGCGCCGCCGAAGCGGAGAUAAUGAAUCUCCCCGAGCGCGUGGGGACUUUUUCCGCUAUCCCGGCUUUAGGGGGCAUCUCAUUACCUCCCGGGGUCAUCGUCAUGACAGCCCUGCACUCCCCCGCCGCAGCCUCCGCAGCCGUCACAGACAGCGCGUUUCAAAUUGCCAAUCUGGCAGACUGCCCGCAGAGCCAUUCCUCCUCCUCGUCGUCCUCCUCCUCCCUGGGAGCCGCCGGAGGAGGAGGAGGCGGAGGGGGAGGCGGGGGCGGGGGAGGAGGAGGAGGAGGCGGGGGAGGCGGAGGCGGAGGAGGGGCAGGCAACCCUGCCAAGAAGAAGAGGAAAAGGUGCGGGGUGUGCGUGCCCUGCAAGAGGCUCAUCAACUGUGGCGUGUGCAGCAGUUGCAGGAACCGCAAAACGGGACACCAGAUCUGCAAAUUUAGGAAAUGUGAAGAGCUAAAGAAAAAACCUGGCACUUCGCUAGAGGUCAGAGGCGAUGAUUUCUUUCUUCCCAGCCUGCCGCCGUCCCUCGUGAACCCCCUUCCCCCGCCGCUCCAGUGCUUCUUGUCUAGUUUCAAGAUGCAGCAUCCCUUCUCUGAAGCCUCCUUCAGGUUGUGAGGAGGUGGGGGGAGAGAGAGAGAGAGAGACCCCCCCUGCCUUCUCUCCCUCGGCCCUGCUUGGGCCUCUCCACACACACAACACAGGCGCAAGCCAGCCCCCUAGCCUCCCCCAGCCACUGGUUUUUGGAUCGCCCAGGAACCCAGCUUGUCAAAAAUAGGGUGGCAGGUCCCCAGGAAUAAAUCUAUGGCAGGGGACUUUGAGGGAUUUUGUCCCACUUUUCGUUUAUUUUUCUUUUCUUUUGGUCCUAUGGAAAAGGGAAAAUAAAACAAAACAAGGGUGGUGGUGGGUGGAAUCAGGAAGCCCCCUAACUUCUGUUAUGUGGAAAUGAAAAGAGAAAAGUCUGACAUAAUCAUUUAACAUCAGAGAAAAGGAUUUUUUUAUAUAUUAAAAAAUCAUUAUAUGAAGAUUAAAAAAGAGAGAGAAACACUUCUACACAAGUUGAGCUUAUUACACUAUAAAUUGAUCUGAACAAAUCCUGUAUAUUUUUUCUGUUGCUAUAAAGAGUUCUGUCUGGUGACAUGUAAACUAUUUUUUACUUAUGUGAAACCAAUGGUGAAGGGUGAAUCUUUUGAAAACCUGAAAUAUUUUUUAAUGCACAUGAAGCAUUUAUUUUUAAGUUUUAAAUUGUGGCCAUUUGGAGGGACCCCCCCUAUUGUGUGUGUGUGUGUGCUGUGUGGGUUUUGUUUCAUUUGGAGGUUAGGGCAAAAAACUUUUUUUAAGUUGACCCCCAAUUUUACCAUUGUCAUCAGUUCGGAACAAAUUAAUAGCUAGCUGAUUUUUUAGGAUGACUCUUUAGGGGUGACUUGGUGUCAAUCAGAUGCAAGGAAACAUUUGGUGGUAAAGGUAAAGCAGCUGGUGAAUUGGGCUAAGAAUAACAUACUUUUUUUGCAAUGCAUCCUUACCAAAAAAAUUAACCCUUUUGCGGUAUGUUUUACAAUUUGAUAAAAGUACAUCUAUGACUGAAGUUAUUAUGUGUGAUUGAAAUGUAUAUACAUUUAUUUUUAAAAAGAAUCUUGUCCUCAGAAUUGACAAUGUAUCACAAAGCUGUAAAAGACAAGUUUCCCAGUUUGGUAGACAACACAAAAACAACAGCCAAGAGGGGAUGUUGUGGAAAUUGCAGUUCAUGUAUUUAGUCUAGCAGAAAGGGGUGUGGGAAGGGGAAAAAAAAGUGUAAAAUGACUAAUGGUAUUAUUUUUAGAUGGAGGAAAACAAGAGGAAAGACUUGUAAUCAUAUUUAAACCCCUGUCAUUAUUAAAAUUAUAGUGUUGCUGGUUAGAUGAACAUAUCGGAAGAGACUGUGUGUGGCUGGGGAGAGCUGAAAUGGUACCAAAAGUUCUUUAUAGGCUGAGAGAUGUAAAGCAGGGAUGAGAAACCUGUGGCCUGAGCAGGGUCAAUGGCCAGGUAAGAUGGGAGACCUGUAGCUCAAUAACACCUUGCAAGGCCACAGGUUCCCCAGUCUUGAUGUGAAGUCACCCAAAUUAGGAACUUGGUGAGACUCGCAACUGUGACCAACAGGAGUUCUAUAAAUGGAUACAUUUCACUGGCAUUAAAUGUUACCACUAAGUUAAAAGUUCUCAUUUAAAAAAACAACCAACUAACACAUGAUUUUAUUAUUAUUUUUUUACUUUGCCCUUUGCAAGAUUGAACUAUCCUUUUGGAAAGUUUAAUAACUCAGGCUGCAAUCCCGUGCACACUUUCCUGAGAGUAAGCCCCAUUGAACGCAGUGGACCUUACCUCCGCAUAAACAUGCAUAGACUGCAUUUGUCAUUCCUUCUUCAUUUCCCAUUGCUGCUUAUUGUGCAUAUAUGAUAAAUGGAUGUCACAUCAAUGCAACACACUCUGUGGAUUACGCUUCAGAUGGUAGAAAUCGGUUGUAUAUAGAUUUGCCUGUUAUUUUUGGUUGCGAAUGCACUCCUGUUUAUUUCAUAGAACAUUUCAAAGAAUGUAUAUUGUGAUUUUUACAAUAAACGGUAAAUGCUGGAUUUGAACACUAAACCAUAACCAAAAAUAAUUUAUUUUUCUCUUCCUGGUAGCAGUAAAUGUAAUCUCUGCAAUUCUGUGAUACUUCUCCAUAGACAAUGUGCCCCCCCCCCCCAUUCAGUUAGUUUAGUUAUGUCUUUGGUAAGGCUGCAGUCCUCAGCACAUUUACUCAGGAGUACGCAACAUUGAAAACCAUGGGACUUACUUUAGAGUAAACCUAGGGAAGAGAGGGCUGAAUGUCCCAUUCAGAUUAGUUGGAAAACUUUGGUAAUGAUUGAAGUCCCAUUGCAUUAAACUGAUAGGGAACCUAAUCCUAUGCAUGUUAACUUCGAAGUAUAUCCCACUAUGUUCAGUGGGGCUUAUUCCUAAGUAAGUGUGCGUAGGCAUUGUGGCCCUAGCAAUGAACUAGAUGGUUGUCUUGGCAAAUGCGUGUUUCCAAACCCAUAUUUUCUAAAAUAAUGGGAAUGUUGGAGGUAAGGAAAGAGGUGCUUAACCCUUCCUGCACCAGCAGAAUUUUGCCUGCAAAUACCCUCACCCUGGUUAAGAGAAAGCUGCUUAGGAUGCAAUGGAAGGGGGUCUGGCAGCAAAAUGUGAAGACAUAAGCACUUCUUCCUAUCCUCUAGUUUUCCUUACAUUCCUACAAAAGUGUUGCGAGGUUUGAGACACAGGGCAGGGGCUUCAGGAUUCGUUCAUGCCUUAGUGGCAGCUGAACAUUUUUGCUGGGCUGAGGCCAGGUCUGCUUUCAACAAGUCUGCAAUCUUUUGUAAAGCUGCUUGUUUUGUGAACUUUUCCUAAACUUUAUAGCCCCACCCCAAGUACUCAGAAAUAAGCCCCAAUGAAUUUAGUUGGCUUUGCUUCCUAGCAACGAUGCUCCAAACUAUACCAUAAAGUACGGUUGUAAUGUAGCUUUGGGGAUGUAAAUCCUGCAGGAUUAUUGAUCUGUCCAAUCAAUGAGGCAGUGGGUGGAAACUGAUUUAUGAAUGAAGAUUUGGCAGGUGUCUCUAGGUACAUUUGAUGAACUUUCUGUUUGCCAGACAAAGAAAGCCCUGUAUCUUCAAAAAUUGUCCAAGCAUGUCAUAUGAGAUCACUGCAUAUUAAAACUGCUUAAUAGCUCUGGCUAGUAAAAAAUGCAUGGGUUUAUUAGUACUUCCUUAACUUUUUUUGUUGUUGCUUGUCUCCUAUUGACACACACACUGUGCUGUUACACCUGAACUAGAAGAAAGGAACCACCCCCUUCUAACUAGUUACCAAUAGUCAUUCACUUCUGUGGAUUGUAGCCAUUCAGUCGCAAAGGAUAUCAUUGCAUGUGACUAAUAUCCAUAUAGGCACAUUACUUGCCAGUUAGAAAGAAGUUUAAAUCGACUCAUUUUCUAUUCGAGUUAGGUCCACUAUUCCCCCCCCUUAUUUCUCCUUUCCCCUUCUUUCCCCCCUUUUUGUUUUAAUUGGAUAAUAAAGAGUGACAGCAUGACUGCUUAAAGCUCAUGUGCAGCAACACGGGUCUGGUUGUAAGGCAACCAGCUGGAAGCAUGUCAGAGACUGACAGGGCCUACAGGACUGAACUGACGCCUCCACAGCGGUUGCAGGUGGGUGAGAAUAGUCUCCCCGCUGAACUGGCUUCUCAGGCUGAGAUUGGCUCAUGGUGUCUGCCAAUCAAUGCUUGGGCCAGCGGUGAAUUGCUGCAGUCUUGACGGGUUGCUGUCUGAAAGGAGGCAGAAAAAGUAGGGCUCUUCAGUUCUGUUGUGUGUUUUGAAAAAGCUCUGAAUGGUGUUUCCCAGUUAGCACAAAAUGCAUCCUACCUUGCCCGGAAAACCUGGACAUGCGUAAAAUGGAAGCUACAAACAAUGUAUUCCAUCCUCCAGUCGAACUUCUUCCUCCCCUGCUUUUUCUCCUUUGUGUUAAUAGAACUUGAUUUUAAUACAGUUACAGCUCCAAGCCAAGUGUUCUGAUGUGCAAGCAGAGACUUUGGUGUACAAACAGAACUAUCUGAGAGGAAGGAUUUCCUAUUCACUUCAAUAAACUCUGGAUAUUUUGCUCACAUAAGUCUUUUGCAUCUAUGAAAUGGUCCCCAGCUCUAAAGCAGGGAUAGGGAACCUCUGGUCCUCCAGGUGUUGUUGGACUCCAAAUCUCAUCAUCCUUGGCCAUUGGCCAUGCCAGCUGGAGCUGAUGGGGAGUUGAAUUCCCACAACAUCUGGAGGGUUACAGAUUCCCCAUCCCUGCUUUAAGCUUGCUGAGUUUAGGAUUGGAGCAAUGAAGUUCAACACUGCUUCGCAUUUGCAUCAGCAUAUUUUCCUGGGAUAUGGGAACAUUGACAAUAUAGCAUGUUUUGUGACACUGUGCUAUGGUACACCUUCUAAAGGUAUGCAGGAGAAGCAAGUCUUGGGGCUUCUCUUAAAGCCUCUUACCCCUCUCUUUUAAUAUGCAAAUAAGUCCACAAAAGUUUAUAGCCACUUUAAUUUGUGUUGCUAGCCACAUACCUGGGCAAUUCACUUGCCCAUUGUUUACACAUACCAGGGCAAAUCACUUGUGUUAGUGGGAGAUAUCAACUCUCUUGUUCACAGAAAAAGAUACUUUUGGUCACUUGGAGGCAUUUCUUAUAGCCACAAGAAGAUCAAAAAGUUUCUAUCUUCAGAUCUGUGUAUUUUAUGCAUGAACCAUAAGCUUUUGAAGAAAGAGUUGCCUCUCUCUCUCUCUCUCUCUCUCUCUCUCUCUGUGUGUGUGUGUGUGAGACACACACACAAAUCUGAUUUCAUUUUUCUUACAUAAAUCUCACCCAAAGAGCACUUAGUGACUGAGUGAUUUUUAAAAAUGUAACAUAAUAAUAUGAAAAUUUCAGUGCAUGCAAUUAAUAGUAGCAAAUGCAUAAAAUAAGAUUGAUGUCAUGUAGAGCCCUGUGUAUUCACACCCAUCCACAGCGUUCAUUUAGAUUUACGGUAUGUUUAAAAAGGCAUAAUCAUUAUUUAUCCAGAGAGACUACUUAUUUGCCUCCCAUUAGUGUACAUUAAUAUAAUUUCUACUGUAAAUUAUAGACUAAGGGGCAUGGCCAACAUUGCCUCUCUCACACUUUGAAAAAUCAAAGGGCCUGCUUCCACUUCGUUUUGAUUGCCAUUAUUUUACAUUUUGCCCAAUGUUAUUGAUGUUACCAAUAAGACACCCACAUUUGCCCCAUUUUGCUUUCCAAACCCGUUCCUGUAGUGUAGGACAAAGACAGGCAAUCAGGUACUGAGCCAUAAUGUUUCAAAACAGAUUCUUGAACAAAAUGAUUAUGGUCAUAUUAAACCUCCAUGUUGUUAAAUAUCUAAUUUUGGUUAUUAAAUUUUUCACUAUGGCAAUUUAUUCCAAUUAUUAAAUCUUUUUUAAGGGUUCAGUUCUAAACACACUACAAAAGUAAGCUCCAUGAUAACUUCCAAAUAUGUUCCAUAGGAAUCAAUGGGACUGAACUUCCAAGCCAGGAUAUGACCUCACUUCAGAGUGCAUGACCAUAGUUUUUUUAUUGUUAUUAACAUCGAGGAACAUAACUGCUUUUAUUUAUACCAGCAAGGUAUUUGAAAAUGAGUUGACUGAGAACCAGAAUUUGACCUACUGACUGAAAUGAAAGUAGCAGCAGUCUCUGACCCUUAAAAAUGUAGCAUCAUCUGCUGUAGCCACUAGGGAGGGGAAAGGUCCUGUAGCUGGUGUUACACUGUCUGCUCCUUGUUUUUCUGGGGAGUGGGAAGGUUGUUAAUGCAACUCCACUGAGCUCUGUGGAUAGGGAUCAAUUAGGAAGAGUCUCAGAGGGGAUAUUUCCCCCUUUUGCCUUUCAGUAGCUGUAGAUUGCAUUCUGUGAUGGCAAUCAGCUGUGCAGGGAGAUUAUGGGAGACGAAAAUGGAACAGGCUGCUAACAUGAUUAGAGUAGCUAACUGGAAAUCAGCAGAAAAGCUGGUCUGCUUUCUGGCUGCUAGGCUGUGCCACAGGGAGAAAAAUAUUCAGCCAACACACCUGUAUUUGUUUGGUGUUCUGUCUUGAUUUGCGUUACUUGAAACCAUGUAAAAAGGCAGGUCACUGGAACAUAGGGCCUCCUGUUCAGCCUCAUAUUCCAACAUUUUUAGAUCAUUCCUGUUAGUGAAAGUUUCAUUAUGGCAGAAUGUGCUGCUGUAUUGGCCGGAUUCUACCCAAUUGGGAGGCACUUCCAGAUGACCAGUUUAUUGAAGAAUCACCUUCAUUUGUUCGCAGGGCGUUUAGAUGACACUGCCUGUUUAAUGAGCAUUCAAUCUGAUUUGUUUGCGGGGAGGCUAGAGGAUGUUCUGUCAAAGCAUUUCUCCGUCAUUUUUCUCCUCGCAAAAAGUUAUUUUUAGGAAACAGGCUGGUUGUGUAAGAACUCCCAUGCAACUAUAAUGGUAGAGUCUGUCUAGCAUGCCCAUAGCUCAGUUGGUAGAGCAUAAGACUCUUAAUCUCAGGGUUGUGGGUUCAAGUCCCACGUGGGGCAAAAGAUGUCAUCACUGCAUGGGGGUGGACUAGAUGACCCUCGAUGUACCAUCCAACUCUAUGAUUCUAGGAAUUUGCUGGUUUGUGAUUGGAUCCCACCUGGAAAUAGUGACAGCCUGGAAAAGCCCUUGGUAUUCAUCAUGGGAUUCACAGGUGUGGUGAAUCUGUGGUCCUCUAGAUAAUGUGGGUCUCCAACUCCCAUCAGCCCUGACCAUCAGCCAUGCUGGCUGGGGCUGAUGGGUGUUAGAAUUCAGCAACAUUUGGGGGCUACAGGUUCCCCAUCCUUGAGCUAAAAUGCAUGUACCUUAGCUGUUGUAGAGUUAAGUGUUUUGUCUGUCAGUUGCUAAACCAAACAUGGAUUGGUGUACGGUUGGGCUCCCUCCCCCCUUAAAUUGGAUACAAUUUCAUUGUGAGCAGAGGCAGGGUUUUGUUUUAUAAACCACCCAAGUUUCAUUUUUGUACUCUUCCUCGGCAUUGUGUACAAUACGUCUGUUACAAUAGUGUGUGGAUCCUGAAUUAAUAAGCAGACUGCAGCCAUUUGAGCUCACAGUAGAGCUGUGCAACUCCCUACUUUCAAGGCAUAUUUUCUGAAAUAAUGAAGCAAUGCUUGUGGCAAUUAAUGUGAUGUUUGUCUCCCUCCUGAAUUUAAUGGGAACUGAAUUCACCCUAAACUUUGACUGCUACCCAGCUUCAUCAGGUUUAUUAUAUCUUUUCAUGGAACCACUGGAUUUUCAUUUGUGAACUUGAGAUUUCUUUUGAGUUUGGUGGGGGGGGGAAUUCAAAAGGUUUUAAAUAUUGUCAUGGGAGUCACUGUGCACCUGGCAAUGUCAGACCAAUGGAUUAAGCAGCAGGAUCAGAUCUAGAGUCUUUUUGCUGAUCAGCUGUUCUAAUGGCCCCUUGAUCUUUAAAACCCUUAGAGGACUUGAUAUCCUCUUAAAGACAGCUGAAAUUUAAUCCCCUCCAUUCAGUUUUCUCUUUUCUCACCAAUUCCUACGCAUGAUAUUUUUCAACAAAUAAAAGCAAACCACAAAAGUACACUGCAGCAUGUAUAGUUGUGGGUGCAUGUACUGUGUAUGCAUUAGUGAUUAUAAGUAGGUGUGCAACAUGGAAACUUGCCCCCAACAAACCUCUUUGAAGUGAAAAGGAAUUUCUAUAAGAGUGUAGUUUUGUUUUGUUCUGUUCAGUCUCAGUUAAUGUGGAUGGAGUUCCUUUGGGUUUGUGCACAGAAAAAUGCCAAACUCUUUUCUUCUGCAUUCAGAAGGCAAUCCAAUUUAUAUACCGAAAUAUAUGAAUGUAGAUAAGUCCGGAAAAGUUGCUAGCCCACAACAAUUUUUAGUAGCUUAUCUGCUGGCACAUCUGUUAAUCAACAGUAGUACAUAAAUGCCCUGAAAGAAGGAAGACAACUCCCUCCCAAUUCAUGAAAUAUUUGAAAUACAUGCUGAAAUUAAAUGGAUUUUCAGUAGACUACUUUUAUAAACUGCAAGCAUCCUUCAUCCCAUUUCAGUAAAACUUCAGAGACUGCUCAGUUGUUCUAUAAGCUCGUGUCUAAUUUGAAAAUAUAUUAUGUACUACCCAAAGUUUAAGUUUACAUGUGAAUUUAGAUUCUUAGAAAAAAGGAAAGACUCUAUAAAUUAGUGUUGUUUCAAAAUGUUUGUCCAGUUCCCCACCAUUCUCCAUCAGUUAGUGAGAAAAGUAAAUGCAUUUUGAAAUUGUCAAAGGAAGAGAGGAAACAUCAGUGAAAUUCUUGUCUUAAGUGUGAGGUGGCUGAGGGGUUUUUGUGAGUGUCCUUUCUGCAAGUUCUCUAAUGAUCUGCACUACUAUGCUGUCUUCCUGGGUGCCCACACUUCGGCCAAAGCUCAGGAGAAGACACCAUUAGAAAACCACUCUUAAGGUCAGGAAAUGUGGGCAGCUGGGAAGACUUCAGAGCACUGGGUGGGUGAAAGUUUAAUGGAAGAAAAUAUACACCUUGCAACAAGCAGGUAUGCUCAAAAUCCCUUACCUGCUGAAAUUCUAAAGGAAUUUUAAUGCCCCCCAAGAAUGAAGCAGAAAAGUGGAAGCUACUUUUGCAGGGGAAGAAAACCUUUUCAAGCAAUCAGAGGACAAAUUCUGGCACAACACUAUUUUAAGCAGUCAGCUGACUGGGUUAGGGUUCAACAAUGGAUCCAGCAUGGCAUACAGAGUGCCCCUUCACUAUUAUAAAAUACGAUGGUUGAGGAGGAUUGUUUAGUGACUCAGACAGUAAAUAUUAUAAUAUAAAAUCUGUUAAACACAAUCUGUUCUUGCAGUUUCUGUGUGGUGCGCUGUUACGUGUUUUGAGUCUGUGUCCCGCACCACAUUUUAAAUUAUAAUUUUAAACAGUUUAGAUUAAGAAACUACUGAUAUCAGACUAGCUUUAAUCAAGUUUGAUUUUUUUGUAUUUUUUUAAAAGCAUUUUCAAACUUUGCAUAUAUUCAAACUUUGUCAAAUAUGUUGCUGUGUUCUUAAACUUUAAUAUAAAUUUAACAUUCGGUUCCAUUUUGUAGUCCUGGAUGAUAGCUUUUUCACCAGAGCUGAAAUGCCUUUAGACAUAAUUCUGGACCAUAGCUAUUACAAGAGCAAACAUAAUUUUAUCCUGGACCUAUGCACUCACUGCAUCCCCUUUCUUCUGCCAUUUAUGGCCAUGAGCAGGAGAUCGGAAGCUUCUACUUCCAUUUUAAAUUAACUGCAGUUUAGCAUGUUUCCUGAACCCUAAAUUGUGGUAACUUUUAACUAUGGUUAGUUGAAGCAAGCUAGUGACAUAACUAAGGAUCUAACCUUGAAUUGCUUCAACAAACCAUUGUAAAGAUAAACCAUGGUUUGUUGAGUUUUGCAUGACACAAGAAGUUGCUUUUAGUUUUAAGAAUAAGUGAAAGCUUCUGAAUGGAUCCUUCCAACUGUACCAAAGGAGGGGAAGGAGGCUUUUUUCUUAUAAGGCUAAACUAUGUUUUAGUGCUGUCUGAAUGAGACCAAUGACUAUGGCCACAUUCUACAGAAAAAAAUUACGGACCUAAAUUGAACAUAAGCAUAUGUAGCUUUCUGUGAACCGCACUGUGCUUCUAUUGCUUAUAUUUUGCCAGUCUGGUCUUAUGUAAGUUUACUUUGUUCAAAGUAAGUUUCACUGACUUCAAUGGGGCAAACUCCCAAGUAAGUAUGCAUAGGACCGCAGCCUUAGUUUAGACAAACCAAGUUUUAUUCAGUGUGUUCAAUCUAGGAACAUAAGCACAUGAAGGAGCCCAGCAGGAUGAGACCAGACACUCACAUAGCCCAGUAAUUUGUUUUCACAGAGGCCAACCAGAAGCCUCUAAGAAGCCAAUAAGCAGGAAAUUAGCACAAAAGCCCUCUCCUCAGUUGUGAUCACUGGCAACUGGUAUUCAGAAUUGCUCUGCCUCCUAUAAUAAAGUCUUCAUAGCUGGUAUGAAUUUGUCUAAGCCCCUUUAGAAUCCAUCCAAGUUGCAGGCCAUUACUAUCUUGUGGUAGUAAAUUCCACAACUAUGCUGUGUGUGAAGCAUAUGUGAUAUUGUAUCUGUUUCCUUUACUGAUUGGAAUUUGCCUCACUUUGUGCUUGUGACGCUUAUAUUUGGAGUUUGCUGUAAAUUAGGUACAAUUUCCUUUAUCCAAAUGCCCAGAGGGUCACCAGGUACCCCAGACAGAAGUAUGAAUGGAGAGAAUUGUUCUUUCUGCAGAUUAACAUUCUUAUGACUGUUUCCUUUCCAGAGAUGCAGAAACUGAGAUUUUCAGUUUGUUUGGAAUAUUCAUAUCACCUAUAUGUUUAAAAAAGUUUCAUUCAUUUCAGACAGUGCAUGGACUUCAGAAGCUGCAUGUGUCCCAAUAAUUAGACAUAGCGGACAAAUAAGACAUUAUAAUUAACACUGUGUCACUUUCAGUUCAAGUGAGUGCUAACCCCACCAAAGUCAGGGUUUUGUAACUUUGAUGCAAAAAGUGGAGUGGCAUUGGUAAACAUCCUUUCCUACAUAAAAUGUGGGAAAUAAACACAGGGUUAUAUUCAACUAAUUUAUACUCAGUGUAGAUCUAUUGAAAUGUGUAGCUGUGAUGACUAUCUGAAGCCCAUUAAUAUUUAUGGGUCUACUGUGAGAGUCAGUGUGGUGUAGUGGUUAAGAGUGGUGGACUCGUAAUCUGGUGAACCGGGUUCGCGUCCCCCACUCCUCCACAUGCAGCUGCUGGGUGACCUUGGGCUAGUCACACUUCUUUGAAGUCUCUCAGCCCCACUCACCUCACAGAGUGUUUGUUGUGGGGGAGGAAGGGAAAGGAGAUUGUGAGCCGCUUUGAGACUCCUUCGGGUAGUGAUAAAGUGGGAUAUCAAAUCCAAACUCCUCCUCCUCUUCUUCUUCUACUGUGAGUAAAUGUUAGUUGAAUGCAACUCAUAACAUGAUCCACUCAUCUCUUCUGCUCAUAGAAGGACUGUGGAUGUUGCCAACUAAGCAGAUGAGGGUUGCAUGAGAAAAACGACCCCAAAUCCAGACAUACUGUUAAGUUUGCACAAGUUAUUUGCUUUGCACAAAUGCUUAAGACUUUUUAAUGGGCCACUAGAUUUUUAAAAAAUGUUGUAGCAGGCACGGGGAACUUGAGGCUUCCAAAAGUUGUUGGACACCAACUCCCAUCAACCCCAACCAGCAUGACCAGUGAUCAGGGAGUGAUGGGAGUUGUCAUCCAGCAAUAUCUGGAGGACCACAGGUUCCCCAUCCCUAUUUUACAACCUAUGUAUUCCUUAUAUGCCAUUUUUCUCGUAUUGAUGCUGCACUAUGAGUACCCCAUUAGCUUGCAUAAGCAUUCAUAGAACAUCAGUAAUAUAUUCCUCUGUCCAUUCAUGUUUCUUUGGAUCCAACCCAAUAGCAGCCUUAUGUGAUAUUUGGCAAGAUAGACCAGUGUGUGUGUUUGUUGGACCCAAACUGGUUUUCUACGUUCUUAGGAGUGGUUAAACCAGUUAGUUUACUUCUUUGAGUUAAUCUGGAUGAAAGUUACAGGAUUAAUUCUUAAGAGUCUUCUGUUAUUUUAGAAUGCUAUCUUUUCUUCCAUUUUUCUUCAUUAACGUUUGCAGGCUGCACACAGUUUUAUUUAUUUGUUUUGUUUUGUUUAUUAAAUUUCUAUACCUCCUUUCACCCAAAGAUCAUAGGGCAGUUUACAGUAUAUAACACAAAAAAUAUAUAGCAUAGUAACAAACAAAAACAAUACCCAGUUUUAAAGACCAUAGGUUUAUUUUAUGUACAAUUCCCACUGAUAUUUGUGGGAUUCACACAUAGCUGACUGGGAAGAGACUGGCAGCUGAGGAAGCACAAACACUAGUAAAUUUCAACAUUCCUAUCCUUUUAAUUACUUAUAGAAGAGCAGAACUUGGUUGAUCUAUUUAGCAGUAUGCAAAAUUUACUGAGUUCUCCUCCCCAAGUCAAUGGAUGGUUUGCUUAAAUAAGCAAAGAAGUCUUGACUGUACUGUAGUGAAUUGGAAAGCCUUCCCAUGUACUAUACAAUAUAUUUGGCUUUUUAUAAAGUUGUGCACUUCAAAGUUGUGCACUCUGAGCUGAUCUGCUUACUAAAGUCCCAGUGUUUUCAAUAAGACUUAUUUCCAGGUAAGUGUGCAUAGGAUUGCAGUGUGUGGAUUUUUAAAAAUAUGUGCUAAACUUGGCCUUGGAGUUGUUUGAGAUGUGAGGGGGUUAUUAUUUUGUAAAUUGUAGCUGUGCAAUAGGCUGCUUCAAAAGAGAACACUUCUUAUCAAGAUCGUUGAAACCAGAGAUACAAGUUAUCAAUGAAUGACAAUUUUUGUCUGGGACUUAGCGGGGAGAAAAAGACUUAACCCCUGGCUCCACUGCUUAGGCUCCAGGUUGCUCAGGUCCCCCUGCAGUUGCUAUUUGCAUGACAAGCUGCAUUCUGGCAAUUAACCUCCAUAUGGUUUGGCCCUAAAUAGAUCAAGUGGCUCCUAUUCAACAUUCAUCCUGAUUUGCUUGCACUAACCUUAUGCCAUGCUUAGAUGGUGUAUGGUCUUCACUAAGCGUUUUUUGGGCUAGAUGUAUGGCAAUGAGCAUUAAUCAUGCAUUCAUCCUUUUUGCUUGCAGGGGGGUUACAUGUCUUCUUGUUAAUCAUUUGUUCAUCCCACCCUUUUCAGUGCAUUUCACUGUCACUUUUCAAACUGCAAGAAGUUCAUUUAUUAGAAAAAGUGAAUUUGUUGUGUUAAGGCAACAGAGCACUUUAUUCCACUUCAAAUGCAUAAAUUUAAAGUUCCAGUGUGCACAUGAAGCCUUCCUGCAAGACAGUGAAGGCUUUAUAAGCAAUAACACACAGCAAUGAUGAUUAGGUAUUGUUGGCUAUGUUCCUUCUGGAGUUGUUUCACCCAGUUACAUAUGCUACUUCGAAACACUACAAAAGUAGCCACAAUGUAUUAUCCAUUCUUAUCCAUGACUGAUUCGCAACAUGUUGUGGGUGGAAUAACAAACCAAAUUACCACUUGUAGAGAAUAGAGUUGAAUAGGGCUAAUGAACAGAGAUGGUCCAAAGGCCUCUACAAUUGUUUGAAGGUGGGUAAAGGAUCAGACAUUUCACUGCUCCAAGGAAACAUGGGAACUGUAGUAAGGAAACAGUUCAUGGGGUGGGUCAGACCCCAAAAUUGUUGAGAUUUUUCUAGGAACCCCCCCCAAAUGCUGAGAUUUUUAAAAGUUGUUCAGCUUUUUUUUCUUUUCUUUCAAAAAUGCAAAGAAUACGAGAUUUUUCAAUUGACAAAGUGCCACCUUUCGGAAAUUCCAGAUGUAUGGCAGCCCUACACUAGACCAACAUCCUGGCAUAUAGGGGCACAGUUGCUUACCGUGAGAUGGAAAAGCAAGGCAUUGGGAAAGUUGGUGCAGUGCAAACACACUGGCAGGAGUGCUAACCUCCCCACCACCUUGUCUUUCCAGUAAACAACAGCAACCCACCUGUCAGGAAGUGUAGCAGCCCUGCCACACCCCAUGACCUGCUUCUGGUGAGGACAUUAGGAGUUAUUCUUAAAAAGAUUUCUAUCCUUCACAUACAAUUAAGUCCCUCUUUACACUUAACUUGUAUUCAGUACCUGCUUCUACACCAGUCCAGAUAUGCACAAAAACUUCCACACGUUUUGUUGGUCUGUAUAUUUGUGGAUGUCUAGUCCCUUGGAAAGUGCAUUGUCUUUGUGUUAUGUGAUACAUACCAGGAUGAACCAGCAGGCCAGAACUUUUUAUACAUAUUUGGACCAGCAUGGAGUCACUACAGAGGUGACAACAUCCAUAUUUGUACAGGUACAUAUAAAGAGGGUCUUCGAUUUCAAUGGCUCAUUGGCUGUAUCCAGCCUGCUUGAAAUUGGCUUGCAGUCUUGGUAUGUGUUUUACACCCUAAUUCAAAAAGGGAAAGGUGUUGGCAAAUUCUGACCAGAUAGAGCCACUGUCUUGCUGCCAGCCCCAUUGCCACCAACUCGUCAGCUCAAUGUAGGGUUGCCAGGUCAGAAGAAUCCCAGACUUUCAAGGACCAAAUCUGAGACGUAGGAGUAGUCCUUGCUGAUGUCAUGGGGGCUGGCCCUGGUGAUUCUUCCUCUGCACUUUCUCCCACCACUGAGUCCUGGAGACAGAGGUUAAUUGGGAGAGAGCAGGAGGGAGUGGAGUGGGGGAGAUAGUCUGCAAUGAUUUGCAGCCAGCUCCUGACAGGCUGAAGCUUGCAAGCUACACACAUAGUCUUCUUAAUAAAAAAAGAGAUUUUAUUUUUUUUGCCCACCUGCAGAUUCAAGCCCUCCUCCUGCCUCCUGGAGUGGUUCAGGCAAACCUGGAGACUUCAGCUCAGGCCUGGAGAUCUGGCAAUCCUAGCUCAAUGUGCUUUCUUAUUUGCUAGCCCUCCCAUAGUUCUUUCAAGGAGCAUCUGAGACAAAUGUAAACAUGUAAUCUCCACCAAGAUUGUGGAAUCUCCCUGCUCAGCAGGAUACCUAAGCCCCCUCAGCAGGGGCUUAGGUCCUAAUAUCUAUUUCUAUUUUCUUUCCUCUCUUGUCCUGGAGCAAGGUAGUUUUGGAAGAGAAACAACUUCUUACACGCCCAUGUUGCUGGGGACCCUAAUCUCCCAAGGGGUGGUUAUUUGGGCUAUGUUUAUUCAAUCAUCUAACUCAGCCUUCAUCUCCAGAAGAAGUGCAAUCCAUUAAAUAUUUAUUUUUGUUUCAAAGGGUCGGGUCAACUGCUUUGGGUGCAAUCCUGCUUCUACUCCAGGAGCAACCAAGCAACUGACUCAGGCUGCAAUCCUAUGCACAUCGUAUUUAGCAGAGUAAGUUCCAUUGUAUGUAGUGGGACAUGCUUCAGAGUAAAGAUGCCUAGUAUGGUGCUGUCAAGGGAUUCUCAACAGCUCAUCUUGUAGUGAAGCUGCUCCAUUCAGGCUGUCCUUCCAUAUGAAAAGAAACAAACAGAUAUUAAAAACAACUCCUAGAUGUCAGGGAAAAAAUGUUUUAGCCUAGGCAAUGUGACAUAAUUAAUUUUCCAGGUCCCUGAUUCCCUACCCUGUUGGAGGAACAGUCAAGCUUGCAGUUCCCUGCCUGCAAUCUGAAGUGGUACAGCCCAGAAACAAUUUGAUCUGUGAUGAGUGGUUUGCCUAGAGCUGAGAUGGGGAAUCUGUGGCCCUUGAACGUUGUUGGACUACAAUUGGACUACAAUUCCCAUCACCCCUGACCAUUGGCCAUGUUCAGGCUGGGGCUGAUGGGAGCUGAAGGGCUACAGGUUCCGCACCCUUGACAUAGUCUCACAUUUGCGUGAGUUAGACAGAACUAUGGUGACACCAGAACACUUUUGGCAUGUAGAAAACAGUGUUCUAGACAGAAAUAAGCAAACCAGCUAUAUUCCUUUGAAUGAUGAGGACUUCCAACCCUUCUCUUUUUGCAGUGAUGUUAGCAAUCAUGUUUGAAAGAGGUCACCGUGCUCUCUUCAUCUUUAUAAAGGAGAUGUGGGCAGGCUUAGGUCAGAGUACAGUACUUUCCAUUUGGUGCGAGUCUUUUUCAGCACAGUGCCUUCCUUAUAGCUGGUAAAGCGAUGCAAACUUAUUUGACUGAUUAUAAACAAUAGCCAUGGCUAUUGCCUUAUAUAGAUAAGCGCAACUGUGCUUUAUACCCCUAUAUUGUUACAAUGGAGUGUGCUCUUUUUUGAGGUAGUAAAACAGAAGGUCUGUAACUGUUUUCACAAAAGAUACUGCAAGUGCUUUUUUAUUUUUAAGUUUCUCCAUGUCUGUAAUGUAGGUGAAUGUGAGACUGGCAUUUCUAGAAUGCCCGUUCGGCCUAAAAACGUCUCUCUAAUGCUUUCCAUUCUGCAGCAGCAAAGUCUGCAUGCUGUUUCUAUAUGUAUUUUUCACAUUUGUAUCCAUCCUACCUUCAAGGGGCUGACACUAUAAGUUGGGCAUUAUUACAAGAUUAGGCAAAGUGAACUAGAUGCAAUGUGUGAGAUCUGCAAUUAGGACCUCCCACAAUGUUAAAAUAUCACUACAUGGGGAGUGGUGGUGGGAGAUACCUUUUCUCCCACACUAUUUUACUGGUUAAAAUCACUCCCUAAAGUUGUCAUUUACCCAGAGGGAAACUUUCAGGAAUCAUAGUUAGUGUAAAGUGGGUUCUUAUGCUCCGAAGUCAGAAAACUGCUCCCUCUAAGUUCCGUGUAGUCUGCACUGACUAACAGUAGUUUUCCAGGUCCAAAUGUCCCAGGUUCAGUCCAUGAAAUCUCCAGCUAGGGCCAGGAGGGAACUCUGUCUAUAAUCCUAGACAGAUGCUGUGAGUCAGUGCAGACAGGACUGAGUUAGAUGGACCAAUGGUCUGACUCUGUAUAAGGCAUCUUCCCAGCUUCCUACUGGUGUUUCAGACAGGAAGACUUUCCUACCUUCAGAUGGCAGGGGUUGAACCUGGAAGCUUUUCAUACAGUGCAGAUGCUCUGCUGCUGAGCUGUAAGAAACUGGAUAAAUAUUUACCCGCAGAGCAAAUAAUAGCUUCAGGGUGGCUUUUUAAAAAAAAUAAAAAAAUUCGGGAAGUAGCACUGUGCGUGUUGUGAGGAGGGGGUGCAUAAACCCUCCUUCCCCAGCACUGUGCUCCUGUUCUGAUUCCCCUCUCCCUCACCUAUUAUUAUUUUUUAAAAGCAACCAUGGGAAAUCUGUUAUUAGAUCUGUCACAUCUCGUUACACCCUGAGUGAUGGUGACUGUCUGAUUCAUGGCUGAGCAGGGAUUUGAACCAAGUCCAAGACCCUAUCUACUACAUCAAACUGGCUCUCAUUCACACAGACGGCAGGAGAGUGGCUCAAAGGUUCAUUUGGAUUGAGAAUUGUGUGUGAAAAUGGACCCCUUUGUCUCUGAGCAUAUCUGCACCAAGAAUCUGAGCAGGUUUGAGUGUUGCAGUUUCCCCAAUGGAACCCAAGGAGUUACACCUUUGCGAAGGGUCAGUGGUUCCAACAGAAUUCUUCUAACCAUACUUACUACAGCUCCCAAGUUUCCUAGGGAACUAAUGAGAGAAAACCAAUCGAUAUUGUAGCAUAGAUGUGGACAGGUUCUUAUUGUUCACUGUCUGGACACUGACAGCCAUUAUUCAUGCCUUGUUGUGGUUUUUGGAGAGUGAUAGAGCUCAUGCACCAGCAAAGCUAUGCCUGGCAUCUUGGAAGCUUUCAGCUUGUUAUUUUCCUCCUAGGAAACUUUGAGCAUGUGUUCGGCUAUCCCAUGAGCACACUUUUGUUUGUGCCGCAAGAGCUGAAUCAGAUUUUUGUUUCAGAUGGGGCUUAGCAAUGGGGCUUAUUUAUGCUCCACUAUGAGGUGGUUAUUGCAUUUUGUUGAAUUAAUUCUGCUUCGUUCCAAUAUAAGUAUGAAUCGGUGUGUACAGAAACAUGUGUGCUACUGAAUGAAUGCCAGUUUGCAAGAAUAUGUGAUUGGGUCUCCUCAGGUGUGAAUUUAUAGUAUCUGGAGCAAGAAUUAAUAAGAAGCGCAUCUGUGUGCAAUGGAUAGCUUAUUGGGAUUGUGUUUAGGGGGGCACAGGACUGUUAACUGGGGUAGGGCAGAUCUACUGUUAAAUGAAUGAAACUUAAGCUUCAGGGUCUCUAAUCCUGGAGGGGCCCCCAAAGUCCACAUUGCUUAACAAUUUUGCUUUAAAAAGCACAUCAUGCAUAUAUAACAUUUCCCUAUUUUUUUCUAAUGUUCACCCCUCCCAUAACUCAAAAACUAUAAGGCAUAGGAAAUUUUUAUUCAUCCAGUGAUUUUGGCUCGUGAGAAAAUCUAGUGCAGCAAUUUUAAUCAAAAGCUGAGAUGAUAUAGCUAUACAGUGAUACCUCCAGUUAAGUACUUAAUUCGUUCCGGAGGUCUGUUCUUAACCUGAAACUGUUCUUAACCUGAAGCACCACUUUAGCUAAUGGGGCCUCCUGCUGCCGCCAUGCAAUUUCUGUUCUCAUCCUGAAGCAAAGUUCUUAACCCGAGGUACUAUUUCUGGGUUAGCAGAGUCUGUAACCUGAAGCGUAUGUAACCCAAGGUACCACUGUAUAUAUAUAUCUUAAUGUGGUGAUCUGUAAUGGAACAACCCCAUUAAGAAGGUAACAGUGGUUACCCAGACCUUGUUGCUGGUUGCAAAGGGCCUCCCAUAUCUGUUCAAAUUUCAGGGCCCCCAAAAUGUAGGUCUGUCACAGCCUUGAGGAACUCAUUAUUUCUCUGCACUUGUGAGAAUAUAUAAAGUUCUCUGUAUACUAAAAAGUUCUCUGUAUACUAAAAAGCUCUAUAGAGAGUCUAAAAAUAUAAAACAGGUGUCAAUCCACCUACAAACAAUCUACAAAGUAUCAUUGGGAAUAUUUUAUCUCAGCACUUCAGAUUUUUUAUUCUAAAAAUUCUAAUCCCUUCCCCUCUUAUAUAAUCAACUGCGUUUGUCAAGUAAAUAUUUCAAAAAGAGGUACUUUAGUGAAAAGAAUAUUAAAGCAUUUAGGAAUCUGCCACAAGAAAGAUGUUUUAGCAUGGGAUGGGAUCUUUAACUUUUAAAAUGCACGUUUUUAUUCAUUUGUUCACCAUAGCGUUAGAAAGAGUAGGUUUAAAAAGCCCCAAGUACCCCCUUUUUUUUCCUGAUGAAAGGCUCCAAGGCUACACAACCAAUCCACAACAGCAGCAAAGUUGUUCCAUGAAAUCCUUUGGCAUAAAUAAACUCCAGCCACAAUUAAUUUAUCCUAAACUUGACAGAGGACCUUGACGUUUGGAAUUUAAGAGGUGUCCCCAUUGCUUCUGAGCAGUCGGCUUUUUUGCCUGAGGUGCCACACCGAACUCUGUGGCAUCAGAGCAGCUGCGCUAAUGGCAGCCAGAAGGGCAGUGGCACACGGGGACUUUCAUCAAGUCCUUUGAUGUCACAGAGGGCCUUGCAAGCCUAGGGCCAAGCAGCUGAUUCACUUGCAAGGGUAACGCCAGACCCCGUGAGAUCAGAACCAAGAAGCCAAAAGCGCUAGGCAGAGGACUGAAGCCGAGGAGGAAAAAGCAGCUUUGUUGAUACACCAGGCGCAACACAUUGCUCAUCUCAUUAUCGGUGCAGUGGGCUGUUCCUUGCCCGUGGCCUUGUUCCCUCAUGUGUGGCUUGUGUGAAGGGAGCAUAAGCCCCAGUUGAUCUGCGUCGCUUUGAGAUUCCAGCUUAUGUGUAAAUAUAAAAUAUGCAUGUUUCCUGCAGGUUUUAGUUUUGGAUAUUUAUGCUAUUUUGGAGCGGCAAGUUCUGUGUGUCCUUGUUUGUGUGACAGCCUCCUUUUUAGCUGCUCCUCGCCCCCCCCCCCAUUGCUGUAUCUUGUUCUCUCAUGCAAACACCUGUCCUCAAAUUGAAUUAUUCUGCAGGGUAAUCGAAAGCCUCCCCCACUCGGCAUCAUAUGUUUUCUCUUGUUUAUUGAGUUAUGUUGCACCAUACUUCAGAUGCGACAGCCAUUUAAUAAUCUUGAAGCCUUAGCUCUGCAGGGGCUAAAAAGAUCCCAGCAGGCUUGUUAACUUCUGCUCUGAAACAUUAUGGGAAAUAUUUUCUCCUCCUAGGAAUCCAUGGGCUUCCGAUUAAUUUAUUUUAAGGCUAUAAAAAUCCAUAGUCAGGUAUGUGGGAAGCAUAUUGAACGCUCCCUCCCCCCUGCCACCCCCUCCACUUGUUAAGGGUGCAAUCCUAUGCACACAGUGGGUUUUACUUCUGAUUAGACAUGCAUAGCAUUGCAUUGUAUGUUUCCCUUUUUUCAGGAAUUAGUUGGUCAGUUUCAUACCGCACACCAUAUUGGAAAAGAGAACAUUGGCAAACUUAUGAAAUCUACACUUUAUUCCUCUCUUUGAAUAGCCCUCAUCAAACAUUUAACUACAGUUUACUAAAAACUUAGAAUAUAUCUAUAUCUUCCUAUAUGCAUAAAUAUGUAAGGCUGUCAUCACGCAAUCCCCAUUGGUGGAUUUGUAGUUGCAUGGCAUAGGAAGGGGAAGCUGUAGCAGGGUUAAUGUGGUGGGAAUGGCAGAGGGGUUGGUGAGUGGUUUGAGCAGGGAUGCAGCCCCCAGUUUGUGUGUGUAGAUAAGUGUGUGUGUGUGUGUGUGUGUGUAUGUGUGUGUGUCUACAGACAUGCACAACCACUUUUCUAAGAAGUUUAUUGUUCAGCUAAAGAAAACAAAGAGGUUUCAACUGGAUAAAAUUAUUCAGAGCAGGGUAUGAAAGAGCAUUCCUGAUUAAAUGGUUGCAAAAAAAACACACACAAAAAAACAAGCCUGGCAAAUUUUAAGAAGAAAGGAGGUUCAAAGGUAAUAGAAACAGUACCGUUGAUGAAAAUGAGCUGAAAGACAGGCUUGGGUGGAAUAUAUAUAUAACAUUUCUCAUAGUCAGCAAUUCUGGCUGGCAUUCAGCACCUGCUGAAGCUAACUAAUGACAAGCUCAAGAAUGGACAGGACAGUUGACGUGCUGUUUGAAAAAUGUAAACAUCCUUACUGAGAAAGCUUGGCUUCUUAAAACUAAAGCAAAAUCUAUUCACAAAGCAAGUUAUGCAGAUCGUUUAAUUGUAUGCCAGGCUGCUUGUUGGACAGUGUUAUUAACCCUCUUAUUAAGCACUGAAAAGUUCUAAGCAUGCUCAAGGUUCAGGGCCUUGGGUGCCAGUUCUGUUACUGCUCCCUCCAUCCCGAUCUUGCUGCCUUGAGACAGUGUGGUGCAGUGAUUAGAGAACAGGACAGGGAUGGGGAACCUGUGAACCUCCAGACAUAGCAGAAUUCCAACUCCUACCAGCCCUUGCCAGCAAUACCAAUGGUCAGGUAUGUGGGGAGUUGUUGUAGUCCCACUACAUAUGGAGGGACACAGGCUCCCUGCACCCAGAUGAGGACUUGGGAGACCAAGGUUCAAAUCCCCAUUCAGCCAUGAAGCUCACUGGGUAACCAUGGGACAGUUGCCGUGUCUCAACCUAAGCUACCUCCUAGGGCUGUUGUGAGGAUAAAAUGGGUAGGGGAGGGAUACAGUUCAGUUGGUAAAACCAUGUAUGCCACCUUCAGCUCCUUGGAGGAAAGCAUAUAAAUGUAAGAAGUAAAUAGCACAAUCACCCCCGUCAUCAGGAACCCUACAAAAUCAGGGUUCCCAACUAAAGGGAAGCUUAUACGUACAUUCAGGCAAACAUUCUUACAAGCCUCCCUUAGAUCUUGCGAGGCUGAAAGAGGAGGGGAACAGCACUCUCAGCCCUAUGCCUCCUUCAGGGUUUCAGCUUCCUAAUACCCAGAAAGGGUGUUAUAUUAGUGCCUGAAUCUUUAUUGGAAAUAGAACCUUCUGCAAUAAGAGCCUAGUUGACAUAUGUACAGUCAUACCUCGGGUUGAAGUAGCUUCGGGAUAAGUAUUUUUGGGUUGCACGCUGUGGCGACCCGGAAGUAACGGAGCGCGUUACUUCCGGGUUUCGCCACUCGCACAUGCGCAGACAGUCAAAAUGAUGUCACGCGCAUGCAUGGAAGCGGCUAAUCGCAACCCGCGCACGUGCAGACGCGGGUCACAUUCGCUUCUGGAUGCGAAUGGGGCUCCGGAACAGAUCCCGUUCGCAUCCAGAGGUACCACUGUAUAUAUGUUGCUUUAAUUCUCUGUGCUCAGUGAAUCUAUGCUUGAUGGCUGGCAAGCAAAUGUUUGAACUGAUUCUACUGGAAGAAAUAAUUGCAUUGCGGGGGAUGUGAAAGCCCUAUCUGUGAUGGUGCGUUGCACACAUGACCCAGACCAAACAUUGUGAGGUGCAGGUUGGGGAUGAGCAGAGCAUCUGUGGUAAAAGAGCUUGAGAAGGUCAUUCUGGAGGGACUUUUAGCUAUGCAGGUUAUCAAAAUAUUACCCUCAGAUCACUUUGGCCAAAUGAACCUGUAUAUUGGAGAACUUGUGGUCCUCCAGAUGUUGCUGAACUACCAACUCCCACCAUUCCUGAUGAAUGGCCAUGAGGCUAAGCAUGCUGAAAGUUGUAAUCCAACAGCAACUGGAUGGGCAUGCACACUCCUCUCCUAGUGUAAAAUUCCCACAGUGAGAACUUGGUUUUUGAAAUAAAAAAGAAGAAAAGAAAAGAUGAAGGUUUUGUAUCAGUUACCAAUUGUGAAAUUGAAUAAAUUUCAGGCAUGCCACCUAGGGAACUUUAUGGUAUGGGGCAGCAUUAAAAUAAAAUAAUAUAAAAUAUAAAAUUCUUCCUACUCAGAAAAAACAACAGCAACAUCUAAAGCAUAGGAAGUUUUUGUAUAUCAAAUCAGACAAUUAGUGCAUCUUACUCAAUAUUCCACACCUAUACGAAACCCUAAAGAGCUACUACGAGUCAGUGUAGAGCAGAGAUGGGAAUCUAUACUUUUCCAGAUGUUUGACUACAACUGCUGUCAUCCCUAUUGGUCUUGCUGGCUGGGGUUGAUGAGAGAUGAAGUCCAGCAAAAUCUAGAAAGCCACAGAUUUCUAAUCCCUGGACUACACUAGCCAGGAGCUGCUCUCUAGGGCUUCAUAUGUGGGGUGGUGGUGGUGUCUUUCCCAGGCCUAGCUAGAGAUGCCAUGGAUUGACCCUGAGCCUUCCAUGCAAGGCACAUGUUCCUCUAAUUCCCCCCUAUAAAUGUUGAUGGCCAUCCAAUUAACUGCUGGGAUCCACAUAAUAAAAGAGGAUAAUGGAUGGUGCUGCUACCACCGUCAGAGGCAAACUGGCCUGUACUAAAAACGGGGGUGGGUGGGAGGGGUGGAUGGAAUUACUUCCCAAGGGACAAUUCACCCGAUCAUCUCAAUUGGUGCUUUUAGAAGGGCUUUGAAGAUAACUCUCCUCUGCCAGGCCUUUAAGUGUAGGCUGUUGAGAGUUGAUAAUUGGUUUUUAGGGGUGGCCUCCUAUUUCUAUGUUGCAUGUCGUUCUUUAUAUUGUACUUUUGUGUUCUCUUUUUAAUGGUUUGUAUUAGGGUUUCAUUGUGCUUUUGUGGGUUUAUUUUGGAAGUAUAAUAUUGUGAUGGUCAUGGUGAUUAGGAACACAGGGUAGAAAUUUCUAAAAUAAAUUAAUAAGCAAAUAAUAAAAGGUAUGAAUUGGGUACGGGAGCCCCGGUGAUUGUGUCGUUAAAGUUUUCAGCAGAAGCUGCUGCUCCAAGAAUUUUGGAGCUCAUGCGUCGGAAAACUGAGAGAUAAUCGAAAUCUGGGGGGGAAAUGCUUGGAGCACAACUUUUAUUGCCAAAGACUUUGAUCUUUGGAACAAAAUUGAGGCUUGAGCUGCCGAGGAUAACUGUGGAAUCAGAAACAUGAGCCUGUGGGAUUUAUCCAGGAAAUAGACUUCUGCCAUAGAUAGCUUUCUGGAGUUGGAAAGGAUGGUGUUUGCCAAGAGCUGCAGUUGUGAGGCCAGCAUGAGAAACACUAGGAAUAGGAGCAGCCCAACAACACAGUGGGGCAGGGAAAGAAACAGGCCACAGAAGGACCGUGUUGAGCCAGGGCAAUGCCUUUGGUCUUGGGAAAGGGGGAAUAAUUGGUGACACCAAGAGAGGUACUGAGAACAAGCAGAGGAGAAAGAUAAUUUGCUUACAGACCAGGCAGUACGUUAUUAACUGUUAACUGCUAUCUGCUACAUGGAGAAGGCAAUUUUUUAAAUAAACAACAACCCAUAAGAUAAAAAAAAAGCCUAGAUAGAAUAAGUCAGGGGUCAGCACAUUUUUUCAGCAGGGGGCCAGUCCACUGUCCUUCAGACCUUGUGGGGGGCCGGACUAUAUUUUUUGGGGGGAAAUGAACAAAUUCCUAUGCCCCACAAAUAACCCAGAGAUGCAUUUUAAAUAAAAGGACACAAUCUACUCAUGUAAAAACAUGCUGAUUCCCGGACCGUCCGCGGGCCGCAUUUAGAAGACAAUUGGGCUGGAUCCGGCCCCCGGGCCUUAGUUUGCCUACCCAUGGAAUAAGUUAAUGUAUUGGGCCUAGGAAAGAUCUUUAAAAGUUAGGAAAUCACUCUUUGUUUAGGACAAAGAGAGGGGAGGCAUGCAUGGUCCUAACAAUUCCUUGGGCUGAGAUAUUUGUUCUCUGUACCUCCACUGGUGAAGCUUGAGCAAAUUGUGUCACAAUAAGAGCAUAAAAUGAGCCUUUUGAAUCAGACUAAUGCCCAUCUAGUCUAGAAUAGAAUAGAAUAGAAUAGAAUAGAAUAGAAUAGAAUAGAAUAGAAUAGAAUAGAAUAGAAUAGAAUAGUUGGAAGAGACUCUGAGAUCAUCAAGUCCAAUCCCCAGCAAUGCAGGAAUAUGCAGCUGUUCCUUACGGGAUCGAACCUGCCACCUUGGCAUGUCAGCACCAUACUUUAAGCAACUGACGUUGAAUCUACAUACAUAUAAAAAAUGUUCUGAAAAUGCUUUUUUAAAAAAGUAUUUUUAAAAAUACAAAGAAUUUUCCAUAGGGCUCACCAUCGCCAUCUAAGUGUCUCAUUGUAUAUUGCACUUAAAACACACUUAAGACAUUUUAUUUGCAGCUGCAUAGCUGAGUCCUGAGCUAUCCAGGCCAGCCUCCUGUUCUUAACCAGAUGCCUAUGGGAAGCAAGACCCAAGCACUGGUGAAUUAGUGCAUCCAGCUAGCACUGCAAAAGUAGUAGAUCAGCAUUUCCAUCUUGAGCCCCUUCAGCUAUUCAGGACUUCAACUCCCUUCAUCCUCAACCAAUCAGGGAUGAUGGCAAUUGUGGUUCAAAACUUCUGGAGGGCACCAGGUUGGGGAAGGUGGGUCUAUGAGAUAGCAUGCUUUCUUCUGCUACUUCUUCCUCUUUUGUAUCUCCUUGGGCUCCUGGAAGCUGAUUUUUCCAGAAGCCUGCUGGAAGAUUGUAACCUUCAAAGAUGCAGUUCCUUAAUACAGCCAAUCCAAGCCUGGCUCCCUCUGGGUGUUUCAGACUACAACUCCCAGCUGCCUCAGCCAGCACACUGCAUUAGCAGGGACUGAUGGGAGUUGUAGUCCAAAACACCUGCAGAGCAGCAGGAUGGUAAAGGCUCCCCUAAGUGAAGGCAACAAACAAAGACAUCUUUCUGAUUUUGGCUAUCCCAACUUGAAGAAGGCCUCAUUUCACUCAGAUGAAGAAGAGGGCAUCUCUACGAGUAAUGCUGGAAGAAGGGAAUCUGAGAAUGAAAAAUCAUUUUGAAGGCGUACUUGAAAGAGGAAGUGUGCUCAAAAGCAGCAGAUGUAAAAGAAGUGGCCGGAUCUUCAGUAAAAAGUACAGUGUUCCUUUCAAGGGCAAGGAAUAGGAAACUGCCGCAGAGAAAACAAGGAGCCUUUCUCCUGAAUUGCCACCACUCGUUCAGUACCACAUAAAGUCACAGAGAUUAUACAUUGUUACUGCAGCACACAAUAAAGGAGAGCUGAGCUGAAAAUUCUGGGGAAAUGUUUUUUUUUCUCCUGCAAAAAUGUUGGAUAGUUGUCUUUUCCCCAACCCACUAGAAAACUGAGGGCAAUUUGCAGAAUAUUCUGUGAUUCCUUCCCCCCACUAGUUUUUACAGAUAGCUGCAACAAACGUAGAGAGAGAGAGGGAGGCAAGGAAUGACGCUAGGUUGGGAGCAUUGUGAAAGGUGCAAAAUGGUGACAGGCCUCCAGUACUGCCUCCCUUGCUACUUUUUGCAAAGGGAGCAUCAUCGCUCCCUCCACAAAACCCUCUGGAAAAAAGAAAGAAGCUGUGCAGCUGUUACUGCCAACAGUAAGCCUCAACUCUGAGAAACUGUUGGCAAAUUUCUCUUUCCCCUUGAGAAACUGGUGGAAAUUUUCCUCUCUGUUCCCCUGGCUCAUCAUUUGGGGAGGCUCAACAUGCUGGUUUAUAUGUUUGCUCUGAUUUAACUAUUGCUUUGCUGCUAAGUAGCACUUCUGGAUGAAUAUGGGUUCCUUAAAAAAACAAACACACAUCUCACAAGGCUAGUUGUUACAUGAGUUUUUGUACAUGGCUUUGAAUACCUAAGAACAAAAUAUGGCAGUGGAACCUCAAAUGCACAGGGCACCGGUAUCUCAGUGUAUCCUUAAAGCAUAUGUGUUGGGAGGGGGACGCACGCUAAAGGUCACAUUCCUGGAAGAUGACUACCAUCUAUCUGAUCAGUGGCCAUAGUUGUCUACCAUUCCUGGAAGGUGACUACCAUCUAUCUGAUCAGUGGCCAUAGAUGUUGUGGCCAACAUCUCUUGUCUUGCUUCAAAAAUAUUUUGCAUAAAAUUUUAGAUUCUAUAUGUUUAAAGUCAUUUGUGUGUGAGAGAGGGAGGGAAAACGAAGGUGCAGGAUUAUGCAGUUUACACUGUGAACAUAGAAUAAAAGGUUCAUUUUCUCAUACAUGAGUAGCAGCACUGGAUUUUGACAUAAUAAUUCUUAAUAUUUUGUAGUCUGAUUACAUGAGAUCAGAUUCAGAUCGCAUCCCGCGCCCAGGUAAUCCUAAGAAGAGUUGUGUCCCAUGUUCUCCUGUUUUGAUUAUGGGGUUUAAAAAUCCCCUCCAAAAACAUUUUCCCUCCCGCAAACCCUUAGUAUCUUUUUUCCCUUCAGUUCUGCUUUUUGCUUCUCUUAUCGGCUUCUGUGCUGAUGCCCUUUUAGCCUAAAGCUUAGGGCUUCUUUCUCCUUCCUAGAUUGAUUGUUCUGAGUCAGAGAUCAUAUAGAAAAGAUGAUAGCAUCAUGAUACGAAGCAGUCAGUCAGAUUUGGCUGUCAUAAUGUUACUGAGGAAAAGAGAGGCCCAUUCACACAUUGAGCAAUGCUUCCUGGGUUACUCACAUUAGACCCUGGCUAAUUAAGGAUUGGCUAAUGAAUGGGAUGACAUCAUGAUGUUACACAGACAAUUGGUUUUGGUUAGUGCUGACAUCAGUGAGAGCAAACCAAAGUAUUCAGAAGGAGAGCAAUGAUUCCCAAAUAGCUAAAGCAUUCUAUCCUCUUUCAAAGCAGCCCUUGAAAUAUCACAAAUUAAGGACAGCAUUUAUUCACAAAGCUCCUCCAACUCUCCUUCUCCUUUUCAUCCCACCCUGAACUCUAAGCAUAUUUUUUUGGGAAGAAAGUGUAUGAUCACAGUGGAGGACCACACCUUAUUUUCAGGUUUUUGCACUGCAGUCCCCGGGACCACUGUAUGGGCAAAAUGCCAUUCAGGCCCAAACCCUGAAAGCAAAAUUCAUUGCUAUUUUUAUGCAGAAUUAAAUGUUAUGAUUUAUUCUCUGUGUGUGAGAUUCAGAUGAGCUUCUGGUUUCUGUCAAAUGAAAUAUAGGAGAUAUGUAACAGAAGAGGAAAAAUAGCUGCCAAAGAGUAGAUUCAUGUCCUCGUGAUGCAAACAAAAUUCACUUUUUUAAAAAAAUAAAAAAGGUAAAUCUCAAAUAAGAUAACAAGAAAGUAGUAGGGUCUGGUCCUGUUAAGACCCCUUUUCUCAAAAGUAUUUUCACAUUUCUCCACUUGUAAGAGGCAUCUGAUGGUCUUAUCUGCAACCUGUCAGAAAAAUUCAGAGGUUCCCAAGCACAGAUAUAGGGAGCCUGUGGUCCUCCAAAUGUUUUUGGACCCCAAGUCUCAGCACGUGCAGCCAGCAUGGCCAAAAGACAUGGAUGAUGGCGGCUGGAGUCCAGGAACCUUUUGUGGAGGCAGAGGCACACACUUCCCAUUCCAGCCCUAGUGAGUUGUUCUGCAAAGUGGAGAUUUCUUACUCGUUUCUGAUCUUAGUUGGAGAAAGUAGCAGACCCUCCAAUACAAUGGCAUUGGCGCUUGCAUGCAAAGUCUUGCUUUAUUAACAUAGACAUGCCUAGUCUGUUACAAAAUAAACACAUGCUGCACCAGAUGCGCAGGACACAUGUGUGCAUUUCUUUUUUGAACUUGGGCUCUUGCUCAUGUGCAUUUUAAAGAGAUAACCGUGUGCACACAAUUCACACGUACGUACUUCGCAUCUGAUGCAGCACAUGCUCCUUUUGUGUUCUGGCAUGUGGAUACCAGUACUAAAAGUAAACUGAGAAUUGGCUGGGACUCAGAAGCAUGUCAGCAAGUAUGCACAGAAGCGACUGCAGCAAAGCACUAUGAAGCGUUUUUGUAAACAGUCCUUUUAUGCCGGUUGGUGGCCAAGGCAAACAAUUUUGCAAUUUGUGUGUAUGUUGGUGUGUGAUUUCUCCUGGUUUUAUUCUGUGCUGGUUCUAUUUUGACUACUUGGAAUAAGGACAUCAGAAGCGCAUUGCUGGAUCAGGCAAAAAGCCCAACUAGUCCAGCAUUCUCUUCUCACAGUGGACAACCAUAUAUUUAUGUUAGUCAUGCAACCAAUAUGCCCCAUUGGUCUCAAACAUGCAUGGCGUUAGUUUGGACUGGGAUCCCUGCAUAUUUAGUGGCUCACCACAGUGUGCUUUCAUCACAAUGUAUAAAUUAAUUGACAAAAGAUGCAGUGAUGAGUUCUGGCUUAGAUGUCUUUGAAAAAGAUAAAUUUGUAGAGGAGCAUUGGUCAUGAUACCCUCCAUAUUCAAAGGCAGUAUUCCUGAUUAUUAUCAGAUACUGUAGAUUGUAACAGGGGAUUGAAAAUCUCUGUUGUGCCCUGGUUGUUAGCUUCCAAGGGCAGCUGACUGACCCCUGUUACAGUGGCUUGUUGGACUAAAUGGAUGUUUGGCAAAGCAGUUCUUGCAGUUUCAUAUGUUCUUUUGUGUUUGGUAACAGAAGGUGAUGGAACUAGAGGAGCAAACCGAACACGCAUUUCCUCAGCUGCAAAGUUGCUUAGUUGAGGAGAAAGUAGACAUGAUGUGAGAGGACCAUGAACUCCUGCCUAUUAUUAUUAUUAUUAUUAUUAUUAUUAUUAUUAUUAUUAAAGUUGGGCUGUAGCAGAGCACGAAUCAGGUUAGGAUCAUGGAACUGGGAAAGGGGGAAUGCAAUGAUUCCUCCAGGAGGAUCCCUGUAGGUUUUCCUUGGCAGUUCAAAUAGCAACUUCAAGGAGGCUAUUUUAAUUGUCUUCCUAUUUGUUGUGACCCAGAUGUGACCACUCAUUCCCUCCCACCCAUGGCUGCUAUUAAUUUAAAGGAAGAAAAAUAAGGGAGUUCAUAAACACUGAUCUGCUUCAUCAGAUCUAGUUGUACUCUCCUAUUACUGAUUUCUAGAAUAAAAUAUGCAGAGACUUAAACUUAUUACAGUUUCUAAAUAGCUGCAAAUGGUGUGUGUGUGUGUGUCCUAUGGAUGCAUGGAUAAAUAUUUGUUCAUUCAUAUAAUGGUUGGAAACAUCUGGAGGUGAUUCCAUCCUGCAUCCCAAAACAAAAUCUAAAAUAUUUAGAUUUAAAGAAUUCCCCUUUAUUUCAUAUAACGAAAACAAUACGGAGCAUAAUGGUUGCCCCAUAUUUCAAAAUGUCACAGCCCUGCAGAGCAUUGCGUGGAACGCACAUUACAGCUUUAUUUUCAAAAUGUUGAUCUGGCAACCUUUCCACCUUCCCUCAAGCAGAGGAAGUGGAGAGACGAGAAGGUGGAGGUGUGAGUUUCUCAUGGCCUUUCCCCACAGAACUAAGCUCAGCUCUCAAAGUGAACUGAAUGUAGGCCACACUGCAAGGGGCAGGAAGAAAGGGAAAAGUCAGAUUCCUGCUCUCUUUUAGAGAGAGAAGAAUAUGCUCUGAUGCAUUAACACAGGAACAGAGGAAGCUGCCUUAUGCAGAGUCAGACCAUUGGUUCAUCUAGCUCAGUAUGUUGUUGUUUAGUCAUUUAGUCGUGUCCGACUCUUUGUGACCCCAUGGACCAGAGCAUGCCUGGCACUCCUGUCUUCCACUGCCUCCCGCAGUUUGGUCAAACUCAUGCUGGUAGCUUCAUGAACACUAUCCAACCAUUUCGUCCUCUGUCAUCCCCUUCUCCUUGUGCCUUUCCCAACAUCAGGGUCUUUUCCAGGGAGUCUUCUCUUCUCAUGAGGUAGCCAAAGUAUUGGAGCCUCAGCUUCACGAUCUGUCCUUCCAGUGACCACUCAGGGCUGAUUUCCUUAAGAAUGGAUAGGUUUGAUCUUCUUGCAGUCCAUGGGACUCUCAAGAGUCUCCUCCAGCACCAUAAUUCAAAAGCAUCAAUUCUUCGGCGAUCAGCCUUCUUUAUGGCCCAGCUCUCACUCUCACUAUAGUCUACACUAUACUGAGCUGUGGCUCUCCAAGACUUCAGGCAGGGGUUUCUCCCAGUCUUACCUGGAGAUGCUGGGGCUUAAACCAGGGACCUUUUGCAUGCAAAGUAGAUGCUCUACCAAUAAGCUCCAACCCUCCCCCAUUAUGUUAUGCUCCUUCCUAACCUGGAUGCUCUCAGUGAGAACAGAAUGUUCAAAGGCUGCCUUUGAUUUAUGAAGCACUGUAUCCCUUGCUUCCAUAAACCCCCAGGUCCCCAGAGGAUCCCGGAGCAUCUCAGAACAGCAGCUCCCAAAGUGUCAACUAAGGGGACCAUUUAUAGACUUGCAUGUGCUACCUUUGCCUCUCAUCCGCUCCUUGCUCAAGGAUGACAUUUCUCUUCUGUCCUCUAAUGCUGUAUCUCACCCAGAUGACUGCACAAUGCUCUCCUGUAAUGCAUAGGUUGCAGGUGCCUUGUACUACGAAGGAAAAUUUGUAUUUUGCAUGGCAAGUACUGCCCUGCUUGAUCUCUAGAAGGCUGUGUUGGAUGUUUGCCACAGGUCUCGGCCAAUUUAAGUCAUCUGUUCACUCAUCUGUUCUGAUAGGUCUGCAUGAUAACCUUGAAUCUGUCCUGCAUGUGCCUGGCUAUCAUCCACAGAGACAGCACAAAGGAUUUGGUAAGAGUUGUUGCAACCUUGAAAAUCAGAAUGGGGAAUCUGUCGUCCUCCAGAUGUUACUAGGAUCACUCCAGCUUCCAUCAGCUCCAGUCAGCAUGGCCAGUGGCCAGGGACAAUGUCAACAAUGUGUAGAUGGUACUGAGUUUAAGAACAGAUUUGCCCUUUUAAAUUCGAAGAAAGGAGAAAAACUAAGAUUCAAAGGGUGCUGUUUUGGACCAGUAAUUUGAUGCAUCUUUGUAUGGCUUGGAGGCAUAAAGAAGAUUGUACAGCACAGUGCAUUAAUUAACUGAAAAGAAAUAGCUCCACAUAGUUCUGUGCCCACAAUUAUUAGCAUAGGUCAGCUUCUUCAUCAUUUGCAAAGAGAAUGACUGAAUGACUUAGGAUGCAUUCUCAGGAUUGCAGAUCAAAGAUUAAUUUCCCCUUAACAUGCAUUAACUGUUCUGUUCCCAUAUAAACCAUUGCAACUUAAUGUGGAGUUUCUCUGCUCAGAUCUGUAAUAUUUGUGAGGCGUCAGAAGUCUGGAGGGUGGCAACAUGAGAACAGGCUUUUUCUGUGGUGGCUCUUGAUGUGCAGAAUGCUGUCCCCAGGGAGGCUUAAAAGCUUCCCUAAACAGGGCUGCCUUCAGAUGUCUUCUAAAAGUCUGGUAGUUGUUUUUCUCUUUGACAUCUGGUGGGAGGGUGUUCCACAGGGCGGGUGCCACUACUGAGAAGGCCCUCUGCCUGGUUCCCUGUAAUUUGGCUUCACGCAGCGAGGGAACCACCAGAAGGCCCUCGGCACUGGACCUCAGAUAAAGCAACCAACAAAUUUGAAUGAAUGAAUAUCUGUUUUAGGAACUUAGGCCCAAGUAGGAGGUAGAGCUAGAAGCCAAAAGCAGGAAGCAGCAAAUUGAGAGAAGACCAGUUGUACAUAGUUUGCCAAUAAGACUAUGUAUUGUUCAGCUCCUCUGACCUGUUCAUCAUUAACUGAUAACAUUGCAAUGUCUUCCCCAAAUACUUGUUGCUAUGUCUGGUUGUGUGGAACACCCUGCAUCCAAGUCUGGAGAUGGUGGCCAUUGGGGCUGGUAGGGUAGCAGAUAGAGGGACCAACAGCAGGGGGAAACCAGAGCCAGUGGCAGGUUGUAAGUAAGAGGGCAGGCAGGUGGGGGCUGGCUAUGGACAGAUGGUGAUUGGUAGGACGGUGGCCCAUUCUCCCUAAUAGCCCAGCCCCCACUGGGCUGAAUGUAUCAUGCGCCUGCACAAAGCUUGCACUGCCGCACAGCUUACUAGCACUUUCAUAGCUCUGAUGGAGCUGAUCAUUUCAGAGGCUCUCUCUCAUUCCGCCAUCUCCAACCCCCCUUUUCUCCCCCUCACCACAUGUGAUCAGCACCCUGACCAUCUGUUCAGUGGUUGGGGGAGGAGAUAAGAUGUACUGGGGCAAUGGACUCCACUCCCCGCUCAGAUUUCUGGUUGCCUAAUCCUUUAUUAAUCUAUCCCCCCAUAUCAGAUUAGGUGUGUCUCUUCACAAUAGCUAAAUUAUCGCCCCAGAAUGUUAAACAUUUGGGGGGGGGCAGGGGAGCCAUUAUUUUACCAUUCUAUAACAAGAAAGACAAAAUCUGUUAUAAAUUGAUUUGCUAGUAGUCUCUUACCAUCUCUUUGCCUGGUAUUUUCCCUGGCACAAUACCAGAUUCCCAUGGUCUCACUAAUGUUAGUAAGCAGAGUCCAAAAUGUUCACAUAGGAAGCAAUGCCAGGUGGGUGUCUUCUAUCCUGGGUUCAAAAGACCACAUUGCAGUCCAAAUCUCCCUAGCAAUGGGAAAACAUGAUUCAGGAAUCUGCUGGCAAUGAUUUUCUAUGCAGCUUGCCCUUGCCACACAUUAUUGUGAAGUGGUUGCCCUUUGCUAUUGCUUUUGAGAUUUUGCCAAGAGUUCUGCUUUGCUCAUAUAUUUAACAAUUGAAUGUGGGGGAAAGGCAUUCCUUGCGAAUGUGGUGGUGCCUGAAGCAAUUGCUUCAUAUCAUCUUAGGGUGGCACUGGGCAAUAUGCCAGUAAGUUAUGGCAUGUUAUGUCGCCCCAGGAGUGAUCAGAUGGUCAUGUCCAAAAUAGACCCCACAAGCUUACUCUGCUUGGGUUUACUGAUGUCUGUGGUUACAGUUCAAAGAAAGAGGUUUGUGGAUUGAAAUCUUGGUUUGAGUAUACUGCUGUGUGUGUGUUGUUUGAGUCAGUUACAAGUGUGUCAAGUUUCCUAUGCAGAGAGCAGCACUUCUACAUUGGAGAGAGAAAAGAAAUUCAUGCAAGCCAUGAAUAGAUCAUGUGUCUGUGAGCAAGAGCUCAGAAGCUGCAUCUGUGCCUUUCCACUGCAUGUAGAUCUAUUUCAAUAGGUGUGUGCCUGCGCAAAUUGUUACACGUGAUGACCUGCAUACAUUUUGUAUGCUUCUCCUAUGUUGGCUGGGGCAGUAGAGGGAAAUAAGCUUUUAGCUCAUGUGAUCUCUGAAGAAUUUUGUAUACAAGCGUCUCAGUAUUUGGAUGAAAACAAUCCGUGUGUAUGUGUAAUACAGCCAGCAAACAAUGAUGUUCAAUUUUCUUUUUAUGUAAGUUUGUAAAAAACCGAAUCUGCAAAGUGCAACAUAGUAUAAGUUUUAAGGGCAAAUUAUCUUUAUCUCAUAACAAUGUAGCUUUGUUUGCCCUCCUACCCACUUUUGGGUGCAUGGGCCCCACAAACUAUUAUACUUUCUUUGAAAUGUGGAACUUUUUACCCUGGUGUCAUGGUUAAUUAUUUCUAAAAAGGCAAUUAGCAGUUGCCAGGGGCUUAGAUAGCAGCUCUGCUUUUGAGUGGCUCCCAUCUCAGCAGCACAAAAUAAACACUUUGGUUUUUUUAAAAAUAUCCAUACUUGCAACAAAGUGACUGUGUUAUUUAAGCUGAGUCUGUGAAGAAGAAUAGCAAUCAUUGGCUGCAGAUCAUUUUGUUUGAGAUACGAGACAGGAGAGGAUGGAGUUUGUGCAAUGAUUAUGGGAUACAUCCAAACCUUACAUCCAAACUACAACUCCCACCAUCCCUAGCUAACAGGACCAGUGGUCAGGGAUGAUGGGAGUUGUAGUCCCAAAACAUCUGGAGGGCUGUGUUUGCCUAUGCCUGCCUUAGGCACUACUAUACAUGUCGCAGAAGAGAGAAUGGCUUUGGGAGUGUGUUUGGAGAAUGACAUAGUUCUGUAUCUGAGUUGAACACAUCACCAUCCGUCCUUGACCAAUUAGGAAAUUUACUGUUUUAAGGCCCCACCCUCCAGAAACAAAUAAUGGGCACUUUUCAAUUAUUGCUGGGCACACCCAGGUGUAUCCUUGUUUUGAAAUUAAUCUAUGUAAGUAAGAGACUUUCUUAAAAAAACCCAAAAAACACCUUUUAUUAACAUAUCAUCACAAUAUAUGUCAUUAAUGCUUUUUUUCUGGGGGUACGCAGGGGUGCGCAUACCCCUAAACAUUUUGUGAAUCUUUGUACUUUUGUCCAUUUACUGUAUUUAUUUCCCCUGAUUAGAACUAUAAAAUGGUGGUUUUCUUGAGUCAAAAUGAGAGUACCCCUAAACAUUUUUUAAAUAGAAAAAAAGCACUGUGUGUCAUGCAUAUCAUAAUAUGACUGGUACAUAAUUUAGCUAAACAAAAUGCGAAAUGAGACUACGUAUGCCUUGAUAACAACGAGCGUGUAUCAAUAUUAUUUACUCUGAUUGAUAGUAGAGCAUUAUACAACAAUUCAGCCUUGCAUAAUAUUAUAUAAUAAUAAUCAGAGUUUAUCCUCAUUAGCCCAGCUUCAUCUAUCAAAAUAUUGUGAACCCAUAACCUGUAUCUGGCGCUACUUACUGUGAUCCCCUACACUUGUUUGUGUGAAAGAGUGUACACUUGUUUGACUGUUCAAGUAUUGCGUGCACAGGUUGUGCACUUUGUGGGAUGUAAUGUGCAAACCCCUCUUCUGUGCAGGGCUAGGCUGAGAGAGUAGCCUGCCACAAAUCACUCAGCAAGCAUUACAGCCACAGUAAUAAGAGGAGAAAAUUGUAUGUAAGACUUCCUUCUUUUAUUUUAGUUUGUGGGAGGGGAUGCCCUUUUCUAUUAAAAUUCACCAACAAAGACACACAGAACAAAGAAUUGAAGGCUUGAAGGUUAUCAGGCUUAUGUUUUGGUAAAUUUUCUAGGCUGCCAGUGCUUUUAUAGCAUUACCUGUUAGCAGAAGCUGGAACAGCAGGAUUUUUGAGUUUCCUCCGGGGAACAAGGCUGCUGUUUGUCAGUAUUUGCACCUGCACGAGCAGUGAAGGUUGCCUUAAACAAUGCUGAUCAAUUCCAAUUUUAUUCCUGACUUCCCCUCCCCCUAACUUCCAGAGGAAUCUGUCUUUCCUGUCACUCAGGAUAAUGAUCCCCCUGCAAGCACAGCCAAGAAUCCAGAAACUCACUGUAAUCUCAUCAAGACUUUGAUUCCCCAGCAGGGACUGUUGAAUUUAUACAACCAGGAGGUUGGGGCACUUUAGCUUCCCACAUCUGUGUGUGUUCAGCCACUAAAAUGGGUAGAUUUCCUUCUGGCUUUUUAACUCUGCUUGUUUAGAGAGGCAAAACCAAAGAAUUUCAUUCCACAAACUGAGUUUAAAAUGAUCUUGGUUUAUUUUUUCAACUCUAAAUGCAUUUGAUGUUGCUGUUUUUACUUUUAAAUGUGAUUGGGUGUUUUUUGUGUGUGUGUGUGUGGGGGGGGAAGCAUAGCAGUGCCCAAUCUCUGGAUCAAAGAUUAUCAUUAUGAUUAAUAAUUCCUGUAGCAUUUGGAUGCUGUAAGCCUGUUUCAAAUUGCAUGUGUGCAAGCCCUGUGGAAAUAAAUGGGAUUUAUAUGCAUUUAACUGUGCAUUCUGCAAAGUAUGCAUCCAGAUCCUAACAAUCUUUACUUGGAAGCAAGUCCCUGUAUUAGACAUGAGCUGAUCAACCUACUUUCUUCCCAUAUCACUUUUGCACGUGUUCAUUCGUAAGUCUGUUCUAUAAUGUUUCUGUAUUCAUAUAUUUUUUUAAAAAAAUAGCACUGCACAACCAUUUGUAUUUAAAUACGUAUUUUCUUAAUGAACUCAUAUGCCAAAAAUUUUGGGGGUACCACAAAAUUCAGAGUAGUAUGCAGUCCAAGGGAUAAUUACAUUUUGGUCCAUACUUUUGUCUGUCAAUUCACACUGGAAUUCACAGAACUCAAAUUCCCCCAGCAUCCCAGCUCUGUAAUCCAACGAUGUUUAUCCCCACCUUGGAAAUGCCCCUAGGAGUGUGCCUUUAUGUUCCUUAACUCGUUCCUUCCAACAGCAGCCCUGUGAGGCAGAUCUCUGGGAUUGCAAUGGAGAAGUGUGGCUGAGAAAGCAUGAAUUAGGUCAUUCAGUCAACGCAUUACAGCUUCCACGUGGAAGCUAUUUUAAAUUGCACUGUGUGGCAGCUGUUAUCAUGUGGCAAGCUGAUUUUAUGCAGUGGUGUCAAUCUCCUUAUUAUUAUUAUUAUUAAGUGGACUGUCUUGGAGAAAAUGCCAACUGUUCAGUUGCCCAUAGAGCGAUUUAAAGUAGUUUCCAUGUAAUACUGGCAGUGUGUGUACUCAUCCUUCAUUAUCGACACCCAGGCAAUUAAUUAAUGGCUGAAUCUUUCUGGAAUCACCAUAGAAGCUGCUUGCAGGGUGGGGCAGAGCUACUAUGCUAGCUGCCUGGCAGGUGGGUCAAUCUGGCUUACUGGUGAGGAGAGAGGUGAGGCAGCAGAGAGGUCAGCAUGGUGCAAACACAGCAGCAAAGCUAAUCUGGCACUCCUGCCAGUGCAUUUGCACCAUGCUCACCUCCCCGCUGCUGCCCCCUCCCAGUAACCAACAGGCAGGGAGGUAACGUAGUGUCUCUGCCUCCCAAUGCUAGCAUAGCGGCUCUACCCCAGCCAGCAAGUUGCUUCUGUGUAUCUGGAUAUAUAUUUAUUUAUAAAUUACAUUUUUAUGCUCCGAGGAGAUCAGGACAGCAACACUCAUGGCCCCCUCCCUUUUAUCCAUAUAAAAAGUUGGUGAGGGGAUUUGAUGAACUUCAUGGCUGAGAGGUGACUUGAACCCACACCUUCCCAGUUCAUUCUAGCUUUCAUUUUCUACAGUAUUUUAUUUAUAUCUGGGUUGCAAUGGGGCAAAGUAGAAAGGCAAUGGCAGCAGAUCAACUGUAGCUCAAUCUGCAGUAGGUCAGCAAGGGUUUCUGGCUCCCAGUUGUUUAACAGCAACAAUGAAAUGGCUUUUCCCACCUAAAUUAGGCUACUUAAAUUAAGAAUACUAACCUGGACUAUGAGCACAGUUCUGUUAUGUUGUCAAAAACUGAUUACUUGGCUCCUGAUGGGCUCAGAAGCACCAUGCGAUUUAAUUCUAUGUCUUUUGCACUUGGUUCCAGUUGGUGGAUCUUGAGAUUCUAGUAAAAAAAGAAAAAAGAAAUACAGUGUAGAUGUAACAAGUUUGAAUAUGCCCACCUCUGCCUUAGAACUUGAGAUAGGCCAAUCUGUCAGUUUUGGGUUCUCUCUUGGUUUUUUCCAAUUUGUAGUUCAGUUCUCCAUAUUUCAACAUAAAUUUGUGAACCUGCCCCACCCCCAGCCACAAAAAAGUCCUUAUAAUAAUUCAUCAGUAUUUUAGUGAAAAUUUCUCCUAGUAUACACAUCUUUGUAUGCAAUGUUACUUAAUAUACACAGUUUUGCAAUCAAUUAUCCCUAAAACAAUGCAAUUUCACAUGCACAUUUCGCUAAUAUCUGUACUUUUAUGCACGCUUACUGAGCAUGUGCAUUUUUGUACACAUUACUUGUACACAUUGCAUUGUGAAAUUUGGAGGAAUGCAAAUUUUGGAGUAUGAGUGUGCUUCAGGAUAGAUUGAUUCACCUUUAAAUGAUAACUGAAACAAAUUUCUCACCCUUCUCUUCCUAGAGCUCAGACAGACAAGAUUCAUGGGAGGUUUUUAGCUGUCAUUUGUGAUCUCCAAGCCCCAGUUUUGUACAAUCCAGGCCUGGGGCAGAUUAAUGAGAGCCAGGGAAUGAAGAUCUUGCCAGGGAAAUUGGCACUGCACUCUGAUCAUUAUCCCCACCACUCAUCCUGCCUUUUCUCAUUGGGGUAGAAUGGAAGCAGGGGAGCUUAUGCAAAGGACUUGGCAGGAUGCCGACGUUCCUAUUCUAGCUUCUGGGGUUAACAAAUGGAGAAAGGUGGCUGAGCUCUUUGCCCUCCAGUUCCCAUCAAUAUUUCCCACAUCUGGGUUAUAGAAACAGAAAUAUUAAAGAGAAUCUUAGUCCUUCCAAAAUAGCAUUUUGCAAAUUUGGAGCUAAGGUCUGAUUGACCUUUAUUUGCUUUCGAUUGAGAUGCCAUGUCUGAUGAAACAUGCUGUAGCAAGAAGAAGAAGAAGAAGAAGAAGAAGAAGAAGAAGAAGAAGAAGAAGAAGUCAAUCCAAAUCCUGUCAUUUUCAGGGGAAAGGUGGCUUUUUUAGUUCUUUUCGAUACCUUGCUCAAACAAAGGUGUUAUUUACAUACCCCCUUUUAUGUUCCUUUGAAUUUGAUUUGGGCAAACGUGAGUUGCUUGGCAUCGUUCUGAACUCAAUAUCCUUUUAUACUCAACUUCUUUAUAAAUUAUACAUCCAUGUGCUUGUUUACUAUCAGCAGCCAUCUUACAGCCUGCACACUGCUGCAUGAAAAGGUCUGGCAGCAAUAUGUGCCGUGCUCUUAGUAGCUUUGAAAAGCAUGUUUACUUUGCUUUAGUACUAGUAACACCUUGCAACCUCAGUGUGUGUCAGUAUAGAACAGGGAUAGAUAGAGAAAAUAAAUUCCUACCCUGGGAUUCACCAGUAGCAAAGAAAAUCAGGAAAUUCAGAAUACCUUUGUGAAACAAAGAAAUCUGCAAGUCCUCAGAAAGUAAAUAUGAUUCCCUGCCCCCAUAUUUAACUAAUAUAGACAUAGAAACAUUGGAGGGCAAGGUGGAGCAGGCAGUUUUUACAACUGCAUUGCUUAAGUGCUCACAAUGGCUUUGUUCGGGAGGAAGAUGGGGAGAAAAGCAAAACAAUUUGGUCCUGCCUGUGGGAGCAAUGAGGGAGAAUUUCAAUUCAUUUUGCAUAUAAAGGUGAGCCUAUCUAAUCUGCUUCUUCUGAAACAAUAUGGGAACCAAAACUGAGACAUCCUAAAUUCACUUUUCUCUGGAUUUUGCAAUGUAGUCUUCCAGCCAAGUAAUAUGUACAAAAUUGACAUGCAUGUACAAUAUUUGUAUAUAUAUAUAUUACUGAAAAUAGCAAAGAAAAGUUCAUUAUAUUAGACACAAGUGCUUUGCAAAAAUGUAUGUACUGUAUUAGAUAAAAUUGCAUACGAAAAAGUGUAUAUUAGGAGAAAUGUGCACUAAAAUGCAAAUUUUAGUGGAGAACUGUCUGAGAAAUUGAGAAAAAUCUACAUUUUGCCCACCCCUAAUCUCCAGUGACCUUCUUGGAUGCCCUGCCAGUUUCAGUGGCUACCAGCCACCAUUGAAAUUCAGGAUCACAGAGUAGACUGUAGUAACGUAGUUCUAGAGAGAACUCAAGUAUAAAUACUGGGAGAAUCUUCUGCCAUCUAAAUGAAUGGCAGCUACAUGUGAGCAUGAUGGGGCUCUUGAGCACAUUUUGUUCAUGGAAUCAUAGCAUUGGAAAUGAUUUCGGAGAUCAUCUAGUGCAACUCUCCACUCAAUGCAGGCCCUACAGUGCAGGAUGCAAGUCAUAGCGGAGAUGUUCUCUGUUGCUUCAGAGGGCAGGACUAAAACUAAUAGGUGGGAAUUGCACGGAGGCAGAAUUUCCUAAUUAGCGAAAACUUCCCAAUGGGAAGAAGCAUUCAAGAGUGCAUGGGACAGACUGUCUUGUGACACUGUUUACAGGUAUCUUCUAAGCAGAGGCUUGAUGGUCAUCUGUCAAGGAUAUUGUAGCAGUCGGUGGGAUGGUUGCACUUAUCUGAUCUCCCAUCACUGACAUCACUCUGCCUUACCAGGAUGGGGAGGGACAAGAUCACACUUCAAAACGACCUUGACAGAUUAGAGAACUGGGCAAAAACAAACAAGAUGAAUUUUAACAGGGAGAAAUGUAAAGUAUUGCACUUGGGCAAAAAAAAUGAGAGGCACAAAUACAAGAUGGGUGACACCUGGCUUGAGAGCAGUACAUGUGAAAAGGAUCUAGGAGUCUUGGUUGACCACAAACUUGACAUGAGCCAACAGUGUGACGCGGCAGCUAAAAAAGCCAAUGCAAUUCUGGGCUGCAUCAAUAGGAGUAUAGCAGCUAGAUCAAGGGAAGUAAUAGUGUCACUGUAUUCUGCUCUGGUCAGACCUCACCUGGAGUACUGUGUCCAGUUCUGGGCACCACAGUUCAAGAAGGACACUGACAAACUGGAACGUGUCCAGAGGAGGGCAACCAAAAUGGUCAAAGGCCUGGAAACGAUGCCUUAUGAGGAACGGCUAAGGGAGCUGGGCAUGUUUAGCCUGGAGAAGAGGAGGUUAAGGGGUGAUAUGAUAGCCAUGUUCAAAUAUAUAAGAGGAUGUCACAUAGAGGAGGGAGAAAGGUUGUUUUCUGCUGCUCCAGAGAAGCGGACACGGAGCAAUGGAUCCAAACUACAAGAAAGAAGAUUCCACCUAAACAUUAGGAAGAACUUCCUGACAGUAAGAGCUGUUUGACAGUGGAAUUUGCUGCCAAGGAGUGUGGUGGAGUCUCCUUCUUUGGAGGUCUUUAAGCAGAGGCUUGACAACCAUAUGUCAGGAGUGCUCUGAUGGUGUUUCCUGCUUGGCAGGGGGUUGGACUCGAUGGCCCUUGUGGUCUCUUCCAACUCUAUGAUUCUAUGAUUCUAUGAUUCUAAGAUGGCCGUGAGGUCAGUAUGGUGCAAGGGCACUGGCAGAACCAAUUCAGCACUGUGCCAAUCUGACAUUGUAUUACUUCACCUCUUCCUCCUGGUAAAACACAGCAAUGAGAACAAGCCUUUUCUGUCACCUGCAUGUUCUGUCCUACUGUCAGUCCAUCCCUUAAUCUCCUUUCCAUGCUACAUAUACCCAGCUCUUUCAACCAUUCCUCUAAGCACAGGUUCAGUCUUGUCCUCUGGACAUCCUCUGCAAAGGUGUUGUGCAGCAGAACAUCUGAGUGGGAUGGCGGAUGUGCCCAUGAGUAGCGGAGGCUAAAAAAGGAUCUCUUCCAUCCAUCUGCUAAACUAAGUGGAGCCUUUCCAUGUAAGCUACACCUGAGCAGGAUGGGAAAAAUUCUCAUUGGUCCACUGCGACCAAUUUGUGAGGCACUUGGUGGAUAAAGUGGUUCAUAACUGUUCUGACUUGGAUUCUUCGUUGUCAAUAUACCUCUGAUAGCUGCUUAUUUUGUUAUGCAUUCUUUUCAGCUUGUGCAAGCUGAGAAUCUGGAGAGGAUAUGAGGCCCUAGAUCCCUGCUCAUCCUGGCUAGUUUACAGAGGACAGGCUCAGUGGGUGUAAUGAGUGAUUAAUGCUUCCCUGAGAGACAGAGUGAUACAAUCUGUUUAAAAAUGCAGUGGUUAGACUUCUGUUUAAGAAACCCUCUUGAGAUCCCACCUUACUGGAUAAUUACUACUCAGUAUCCAGUAUUCCAUUCUUCUGUGAGGUGCUUGAACAGAGUUUGAGACACAACUCCAAGAUUCCUUUCAUGAGAUAGAAUAUACUGACCCACUGUAUUACAUCUCAGUUUGGUGACUGAAAUGCCUUCGAUUGCCCUCUUGGGUGAUCUGCUCUAAGAAUUGAACAGGAGGAAUUAAUUCCUACUGGUUGUGCUGGACUUCUCAGCAGCUUUUAAUGCCUCCUGCAAUAGAAGGUAUGGGGAGCCUAUGGCCCUCCAGAUGUUGGACACAAGUGCCACCAUCCCUGACCAUUGGCUGGGGCUGAUGGGAGUUGGAAUCGAACAACAUCUGAAAGGCCACAAGUUCUCUGUUCCUUAACUGCAGUAUCCUUCAAGUUUGUCUUGCUGGAAUGAGGCUCGAGGAUACUGUAUUAGUGACUCCAUUCUUUCCUGGAGGGUAAGAUUUCAGAAGGCUGGUGCUGAAGAAUAUCUCUUCAAUGCCUUGGCCUUCGGAAACUUUAGGAGAGAUCCCUCAGAGAUCUGGUGUUGGCUGUCAUCAGUAUGCAAAUGCCCCUCAGUUCUGUAUCUCCCUUCCAUCUCAGUUUGGGGAGAGCUUCUAAACCAUUAUCUGAGUGGACAAACACCCAGAUAAGAUAGAACUGCUCUAGAUUAGGAAGGUGACUGGCCCAGCGAUGUGAGCUUUUUCUGGAAAUGAUCGCACUCCCCUUGAAAGACGAGGCUCACAAAACAGCAUCUGGCACUGGCAUUGCACUUAAUUCCCACAUUGCAGCUGCAGCCAGAAGUUCUUUUGCUCUGCUUAAACUGGUGUGGCAACUGUUCCUGUUUCUGAGAAGAGUGGACCUGUCCACAGUCGUGCCUUGUUUAUGUGGAGACUGGAUGACCAUAACAUGUUAUACAUGGGGCUGCCUUUGAAGGCUGGAAACAUCAGCAGUACAAAAUGCUGUGUGUGGUGCCAUGCUUUUGUAGUAGCAUGCCACUCUGUUGUUUUACCAGCCCCAUUGGCCACCAGUCUGUUCCAGUGCACAAUUCCAAGUCCUGGUUACUGUCACCUUUAAAGCACUAAAUAACUUAUGACCAUGAUGCCUAAUGGGCUUCUGGGCCCCGUGUUAAUCUCCAUAUCUGUUUAUCUGAGGCAGCCCUUCUGUGCAUUAUGUUACCCUCUGAGGUAUGCUUGGGAUGCACAACAGGUCCUCUUUGUCAUGGCAUCCAGACUACGGAACUCCCUGGGAGGUUUCCUUCUUUCCCAGUGCCCCACUGCUGGAUGAAGACCUUCCUUUUCCAAUAAGCUUUUAAUUUAUCAGUUGUUUCAUUGAUGCCCUCUGUUUCUCUAAUUAUUGACGGGUUACUUUUAAUCUGCUGCCUUUUAAAUAUUGUUUUUCUUAUUGACUUAAUUAUAGUGUAUUAUUGAUCAUUAAUUAAUUUUCUGUUUAUGUAUCUGAAGGUAGCCACUGUGAUGCUCUCCAGAAGUUGCACUGCAACUCCAAUCAGCCUCACUUACCAUGGCCAGGUAGAUGAUCAGGGUAGAUGGUAGAUGGUCAGGGAUAAUGACAACUGCAGACCAAAAACAUGUGGAGGGCACUAUGUUGACAACUGAUGAUGUAUGACAACCUGAGUGCCCUAAUUUUGGAGGUAGAAGGGAGGCUAUAAAUUAUGUAAUCCAUAAAGUAUUAAAAAUACCUAAUUAGUCUACAUAUAUUUUAGAAUCGACUAAGGAUCCACGUACCUUUUAACCUACUGGUUGCUUUCAGACAUAAUGUCAAACAAUGGUUUGGUGCUAUGCAAAUGAACCUUGAGGAGCCCUAAACGCACACACUUCUUCUCCCCUCCUGUUUCCUCCCAUGCAAUAAUUUCCUGCUGCCUGAUCCUGGUUUGUUGCUUAGUGCAAGCCUUAGUUUCACUGAUCAGACAUUGGCAAACUCUGAUUUGCCUGAAACCAGGACUGAGCACCAGGGAAUUGCUCCCCAUGAGGCAGGAAGGGCACACAGGCACAAGGUUCUUCCAGGUUUGUUCAUGUACCACCAAACCAUGGUUUGACCUUAUGUUUGAACAACUGCUGGAUAUCUCAUUUUAAGGAAGAUUCCCCCCCCAUAUCAGUUAUUAAGGAGUUACAUAUUAGAAGUAAGUUAGGACAGCUAGCAUUUACCCCACAAAAUUUUCCUGAUUCAGGGAAACACUGAAAAGUAUUUACUGGGGGCUUUCUACUUAGCUCCACCUCAAAUGUUACAAGAUCAUAUUAGAGACGUUUUAAAGGUAUUAAGAGAUCCCCUAUUCCCCUCAUAGGGGUACAAUUCCCAGAGUGCCUUGGCAAGUAGGAUUGAUUGUUAAAUCACUUUGGGAAUUGUAGGUCUGUGUAUGUUUCAGCACCAGGGUCGGAUUUAGGUUUGAUGAGGCCCUAAGCUACUGAAGGUAAUGGGGCCCUUUAUAUGUCCAGCUGUCCUUUGUCAAGAACAAAUUGUCACUGGUUUUUUGUGUUGAAUAUAUGCUAUAUGGUAAUUUAUGGACCUAAUAGUUAUCUAAAGCCAUUUGCACAUAACAAAUUGGAGUCUAUACAACACAAAACACAGUUGCUGUAUGUAGGUUGUGUCCCCCCCCCCUUAUAUUUUGGAAAUGUACAUUUUUUUUCCUUUAUAUUUUUUGGAGGCCCCCAAGAGGCCCUAAGCUAUAGCUUGUUUAGUUUAUACAUAAAUCCAUCACUGUUCAGCACCCUUAAUAAAGUACAGAUCCCAGGAUUCUUUGGGGAGGAAACCAUUACUAUUUAAAGUGAUAUUUCAACUGUAUAGGGCAGAAGGGGUCUUAAUGCUGGUGUUUUAAAAGAAAGGGGAGAGUGGGGUACAGACAGAGGCAUCCAUACAAGAACUCUAAGCAAAAGCUUACUAUCUCGCGGCUCUGUUACUUGUUGAAAUUAUCAGUGCUGCUCUUUGGACAAGCAGGUGCCACACUGCUUCAAAGUGAUCUUGUUCAGGAACAAACAGAAAUGGACACAAAUUCACUGUCUAUUUUCUUUCCCACACCCACCCUCUUUCUUGUGGGGGUGGGGGUGGUGUUUGCUGAAUGAGCAGUUGCUUUGCUUCAAGCAUGCCUGUAUCCCACCUGCUUCAUGUACCACCCUGUACAAAAUCCAACUCUUUGACCUGCAUAAGUCACUAAGACUUGGAAGUAUUCCCCUGGGCUGCAAUCCUGCACACAAUUAAGCUCCUUAAAUCCCAUUGAACUCAAGGGGAUUUAAGUGGCCUAACCAUAAGCAGAAUUGCAUUCCAAGUCAAGAGCUUAUAUCUAGAGUAGUAAUGUGUGAUUAUUUGUCAUCUACCCAGGACCUUCUGAGUAUGUCUGCAUUCUAUCAUAGGAACAUAGGAAGGUGCCUUAUGGUCGAUUGGUCUAGAUGCUAUAGGGAAACAGUUCCAUUGCUGUACCUAGCUAAGGCAAUGGGUCUAGCAGCAGUUCGCCAGGGUUCCAUAGAGGGUCUUCCCCAGCCAUAGCUGAAGAUGCCAGAGAUGGCACCUGGGAGCUUCUGUAAACCAUGUGCUGUACGACUAAGCUAUGCCCCCCUCUUUCAAUUUGUAGUGAAAGGAUGUCAAUAUGUUAAUUAUACCCAGCUCUGAUGUUUGUUUUCAUUUCACUGAGGUUCUGCAGUCUUAAUGUUUACUUGAUCUCUCCCUGUGAUUGGGAACUGGAUGUAGGCAAGCCCCAGCAGAGCUAAAACCAGAUAAGGCUUGAAAGAAUGUUUGCCAGCAUACUUGGUGACCAGUGCUCUGGGGACUGAGGGAGUUCAACAGCCUUUUAGUCAAUCUCGUAAUUUUGGAUGGUGUGUUCUUGUUGUGCUAUUGCUGCUGAUUAUGCUAAUCAAGUUGUGCAAAAGAAGGUUCUUUCUUUCUUUCUUUCUUUCUUUCUUUCUUUCUUUCUUUCUUUCUUUCUUCAGAUACUACUUUUCCCUGUAGCACAAUGACAUAAGAAGUUUCCCGCUGCCAUAAUGCAGAAACUCAGUUCUCUCUCUAGCAUCUAGCCUUUCCAGAUGCAACAUUUAACUGUUCCAGCCAGAGAAGCGAAUGGACAUUUCCAAGUACACAUUAUAAUGCACACAUGGCUGUAUGAGAGGGUGACAAAAUAAAGGUGACUGAUUGUGAAUACACUUGCCUAAUCUCUCAAGCUAUGGAAAGAGUGAGAGAGAGAAUGAGAGAGGGAACAAUCAUGGUCUAUAUACCAUGACAAUACUGUCACUGUCAUCAUUUUGUAAAAGUUUUGGGUUAACUUUUGAAAGCAGGAAGAGAGAGAGGGAGAAUUCACUUUGCAGGAAAGUUGCUGUGUUAGACUAUAGCAGACUAGAAGAUUGGAACAUAAUGGCAGCUCUUGAGGUGAUAUGCAGUAGACUGCCAAUACUUUAACUUCCAAUAGUUCAACAAUAGCAAGUGAAAAUGCAAGUUUAAAAAAAUUCUGCCAAGGUUGACCAUCUAUUGGUUAAUCACCUGUGUCAUAACUUCCAAGUUCCUUACCUACAAAAUAUGAGUAUUAACUGGUUGCCUUGAUCAUGUCUUUGCGUAAGUCAAGUGGCCAUUAGAAUCUUUUACCUGUGGUAGCUCAAACAUAGAUUUGUGCAUUUAUGUUCAGGUCAUCACAGUAUCUAGCUCAUAGGGUGCAACAGGUAAUUGGUGAGCCAGCAUGUUGCACCUGCCUUUACCUCCAAGCUACAGUUUUGUACCUGACUCCACUUGGUGAACCUUGAAAUUUUAGUAACAAAAUCAAUCCCUUAGGCUUGAAGCCUGAAGUCCACUAAAGCUCAUGCUACAACAAGUUUCUCAGUGAUGGAUCUUGAUUUAAUCAUACUUAGAGCAGACCCAUUGGAAUCAGGGGAACUUAAAUUCAUCAUGACUAACUGAAGUCCUGUGGAUUUCAAUUGACUUAUUCUAUGCAUGCCUGUGGCUGCAGUCCUAGCCCUACUUACCUGGGAGUUAGCCCUAUUGAGUUCAAUAGGACUUCCUUCUGAGUAGACAUGGUACUGUAAGUCUAGCUCCAACCUUUAGACUUUAAGCUGCCACAGAACUCCUUUGUUUUGAUGUGUAGUGGGAUGUCUUUGGCUAUUUUUUAAAAAUUAAAUGCUAUGCUGUAAAUGUGUUUAUAUCCUACCUUUCUUCCACCUUGGAAUCCCAUCCAGGCACUGGUUGGUCUCAGCCCUGCUUAGCUUCAGCAAGGUUGUAACCUAAUAUGCUUUUAGACCAUAUACUGGGACUCUAUUACUAUUUCAUUUAAUUUUUUUGUUACCAAAUAUGUGCUUCCAUGGCUAAAUAAAUAAAUACAUCUCAAUCACAUAUACAUUCAUCAGAAUGGUGAUGUUUGGUUUCCAAUUGGUGGAACCUGCUUUGGUUGCCAGCGGUUCCUCCAACAGCGGUUGUGAAAUAAAAGGGAGUUUUUAAAAUAAAUAAAUAAAACCUGAUUACUAAAAUGGCACCUUUGCUAAGCUGAGGUAUUUCUUUGGAUAAUUAAAACAUCACGAGGUGUUGUAUAAUACCUAGAUAACUGGAGAGCAUGAUUGACACGUCAAGGCAAGAGCCAAACAAAGCAGGUGAAUGAAAAGAAAGAACAAAUCUUACAAUGCACAAUGGAAAGAAAGCUUAACUUGUUUUCUUGCUUUUUUUUAUAGAGAACACCAGUUCCCAGCGCCGAAGCAUUCCGAUGGUUCUUUUAAGCAGUAGUAUUAUCUUAUUUUCAAGGCAGCCUGAAGUGAAUGGCAAGCUAAGGUCUUGUUUUAAGAAACUGCUUAGUCCACCACUGAAGAAUAUAUUCAGAUAACUAUUUUCAUUUAUGUAUAGGGGUUUCCUCAAAAACAAAAACAAAUUAUGAAGUAGGGUGGUCUCCGGGUAAGAGGGGAAGGGAAAGCCACUUUGAAUAACCCAUCGGCGAUAAUGCAGACGUUUCUCCCCACGGAAAUGCCUGAACAUAAGAUAGUACUGUUUGAGCUCCUAACUCAUCAUGUUCACGUUCACUGUCUUGUGUUUUCAUGCUGUUCAGAAAAACCCUCCUUGCAGUCACUUGUCCUUCCCCCUCCACUGCUUCCCACGUUUCCCCAAAUGACCCAGUUGCAUUUUUAGCAACUGGUUCCAGUUUUAGCUACCGCCAUUUGUUUUCCUCUCUAAAGACCCCUACAAAUAAGGGAACACGCCAUUCCAGAGGACUCUAACCAGCUUGUGAGGGCCACUCUCUUAUCAGGAGACCACCACAUCUGGGACCCUGGGGGAAUUGGCCAGUUGACUCACAUUCAGUGCACCAAUUCUUUCUUUGAUGUAAUUUAGCUAUACUAGUGAAGUUGUUGUCUAUUUUUAAAGUGGCUGUAAAAAAAAAAAAGUUUGGGUAAACCCCUGCUAUAAAAUAAUGUAUCUUUACAAAGUACCAUAUCUAUACUUCAUUUUCCAAUAUAUGUGUUUCAGUACUGUAAACUGUACAGAUAGCAGCUUGUAUUUUGUGUGUUUAGACACAAAGAGACAAUCACGUCUGAGCGUCUAUGGAGCGUAACUGUUUGUACACAACAGUGUGGUUCUGCAAGUUAAAUCCGGAGCAAUAAAUCCAAGUUUUUAAGUAUUAUUUCUGCCAGUUGUCCAGUAGCACCACUGUUUUUACCAUUUAUACCUGAUGCAAAGUUGUGCAAGACAUGUGCAAGAUUAUUAUGCAUCCAACAAAUACCUUUUGGACCAUACUGUUGUAUGAAAAGGAAAGACAUAAAAUGUAAAAGUUAAUUGUUUGUGAGCACGAUAUUAGAGUAGCAAAUGCUUAAUUGCAUUGCUUCAGAAAGAGCUUUACAGAACAGGAUCUGUCCAAAGCAUGUACAUUUAGCAGACCCACUUUGCACUGCACCACAAAAUAGAGUUUACAGCAUAAGAGGACAUACAGAAAGGAUUUAACAGAGAGUUAUAUCAAAGUUGUUUUAGGAUACAAAAUGAAAAGAGUACCAAACCUUAUUUCAGGGUGGGGUGGGGGAGAUGGAAAUUUGUCAUUCAAUAUAUUUACCUUCCCUCUGGAAGUUGUUUUAUAGACCUUUCAAUAGGAUUUUUUUAAAAAAAUACCCUUUAUAAUGUAUCUGAAACUAUUUUUGCCCUAUGUGCAACAUUUAUUUCUUAGAAUAGUUUGUAAGGUUAGAUGGCAUUGCAUCAUCUCUGCAGGUCAUGAGAGCCUGAAUAUCUUUAUGGUGUUCACAAAUAUUAGCACUUCUAAUGCAAUUAAAAUUGGGGUGGGAGUGUGUGAUUUAUACUUUUCUCUGCCUAAUUUUGCCCUGCUGGCCCCGCUGGGAGUCAGUGGAAUUACUCGGCAUGGAAUUUUAACUGUACCGACAAACCAUUGGCUUUGCCGAUUAGGCUCUGGUUAAAUCGUUCAUAGCAAAAUCCCAUACAUGCCCAUUCACAAGUAAGCCCCCCUGAGUUCAAUGAGAUUGAACAGGUAACUGUGCAUAGGAUUGCAGUCUUUUUUUAUCAUGGGGGAAACUCACAGGCUUGAAGAGUAUUAGAUGUUUUGGACAGCAUCAAAGAGUUUUGAUUUAAGAUGAGCAGAAAAGGCCACCACAAUGAAUCACUUCCUCUGUCUAGCUUGUUUUCAGCUGCCUUUAAAACCAGGAGGGUUUCUUUUAAAGAUUUCUUUUAUCAUAUCAAUUUUGUUUAACCCUUGAAAGUAGCAUUUGAGGAGUAACACCAGAAGAGUGAAUUGGUUCUCUCUCACUACAUAGCAAGGACAUAGCUCUGGCUCAGGCAUAGUGUUGCACCAUAGCUUAGCAUUACAACAGCAAGCCUAGUUUCCACCCCAGGACUAUGAGCUACCUCUGGUGCAACCAUGAGGAGUUUGAAAGCUCCCACUUGCAUUUUAGUACAAUACAACUUGCUUUAUCCUUGAAAUCCAGACAAAUUCAGGUUAAUCUUAACUAUAGUUAGUGGAAACAAGCCAACUUUAAACCAUGGUUUAUAAAGAUAGGGUGUUUUCACUAACCAUUGUUAAUCUUUAUUGCACAGCAUGCUAAACCACAUGUUCUGACAGCAUGAUAAACUGGGCUUGUCUUGGGUAAUGUUAAACUAUGGUUUAGUGUUAUGUCUGACAACACACUUACAUAUUAUUCCCAUAAUUAGUCUAAUUGAAAUCAAUGGAAUUUAAGGGUUUAAAAGGAGCUCUUGAGGCACAUUAUUUUCUCUUAGAUCCAUGGGGUUAACCUUUGGAGGACUGUGUGUGCAGUUCCAGGUUCUUUUCACAGCUCAACUUUAUACAUCUUUGGAACAUUUUCUCUAUGGCUUUCUACUGGAAAGCUCAAAUGAAAGGAUACAAUCUUGCUAUGAAGAGUUGUAGUGUAUGAGAAGUGCUUGUGUGAAUGUUCCCAUGUCCUAGUAGGAGACACCUACCCCUCAGCUGGGCUACACCUUUGAAUUAAAUAAAUAGGUUUGUACCAGGUCCCUGUAAAAUGAUGUGUUCAAGGGCCCUUCCAGGCAGCUUCAACUGUGGAGACAGGAAGCUUCUAAUCCCUAGACUUUGGACCCAAGUGUGUGGUAUUUUGACACACAAUGAUGCCUCUCAGGCUGGUCUAGGUUUUUGCUGUCCAAAAUGGCUACUAUACAUGUCCUAAGAGGUAAGCCCCAGCAUUUCCUGCAGCACCACACAAGUACACCUCUUGAACUAUAAGUAACUUCCCAUGGGAACCUUGUAGGCAUCUCAGGGUUGAAGGACCAGUUUGGGCUGGCUUCCCAAGAUGCUUCUGAAGAUCUCUGCCCUUCCCCGGAGACACUUCCUGCACCUCUGGUUGAAUGCCAUCCUGGAUGAGCCCUUGAAAGUUUCUCUACUUUAAAUCUACAUAAGUGGGGGAAACCUCAGGUCCAGAGGACCUGUCUCCCGGGACCCUUCCCCAUGCCACACCUCUCAGCAGCCCUGUUUCACAUCUUCCCUGAUGGUUUUUGCCUCACUGAAGUGUAUCCUUGAACUCUGAUGGCGCCUCUUGUUUACCUGAAUGGAGGAUAAAGAGGGGCGCGCAAAGGUGUAUAAAAACAAGCUUAUUGCACAAAGAUCACAAUUCCAUUCAUUGCUCUGUUGGCUUUUGCCUCUGGCCCCAUCUACCGCAGGGAUGUAGCCCUCAGAAGCUUUCCCUGAAGGGAGCAUGGGAAGAGAAGAAACCCAUAUCCUGCUCUAGAGUAAAGAAGUUGUAUAUGGCCUUUUUUCAUUCCGAGAAAAAAAAGCCCCAAACUUUUUAUUAUUAUUAAGAAACAACAGAUAAUUGAUUAUCAAUACAACAAAUGCUUGAAGCCUUACUGACCCAACUGGCUGUUGAGCUUGCCUUGUUUGGAAGAUCUUUUGUGAUCGCGGUUAAAAGUAGGGACAGAAAAAUUCAGUUCAGGCUACGUUAGGUGUACAAUGAUUCAUAGCAAUGUACUAACUGUCUUAAUACCCUGAUGUUGCAUGUGUCAAUGUGGUUUCAUUUCUGGGUUUUUAUGUUUUGUUUUGUUUUGUUUUGUUUGAUUGAUUUCGGAAGAACUGAUGAAUUUGUAUAUCGUAAUUGUGAUGUUUUUUACAUGUCAAAUCCGAAUGGUUAAAAAUUCCAAAACUGUCAAUUAUAAUUAUUAUUAUUAUUAAAAAGGACAUGGAUACAUUCACUUGGAUCCCCGCAAUUAUUAUUUUUAUUAUUGGAAUUUCUUUUAGUCUAUGUCUACCAGCCUUAUCAAGAAUUUUUGUUUCAUUGACACACAAUUUGUAUGAUGUGUAGUGCAUAUAUUUAGAGUAUUUUAGUUGCAAGUGUUUUGAAGAAGGAAAUCUCUUUUCUGACCUCUUAGCCUCUUUUCUCCUGUAUAUGGUUAUCAUUUGUAACAUUGAUUAUUGUUAGGGGUUUGAAUCUCAUUUGUGUUUCCCAAAACCUCCUCAAACGAUUUAGGCUGCAAUCCUAACCAGUGUGUGUUGAUGGGGGUGGGGGAGAACAAAGGUGGUUUGACCACCUCAUCCAAUAUUCUGCUAGGACCUCCUGGCUUGGUGGGUGGUAGUGAAGGCAUUGGAAAACUCUGCACAUACGUAUCUUAAUUUUUUUUACACCCCCCCCCCAUUUCACCUCCAUUGUUUCCAAUGGGAGGGGAAAAGGAGGGAGGAGUUUAGACAUGCUCAGAAGCAUGUCUGAGUUCCCACCUGACUUGUGAGCAGGACAGGGGACCAGGAGGGCUUGGAAUCUCCAAUACUGGAGCUCUGUCAAAACUCCCUUUCCAAGAUCAGAACUCCACUCUAACACCAUGGGGUUUGAGCCAAUCCAGCCUAAAGCGACUUUGAUGCCCUCCAAUGGAUCAUACAAUUGCAUCCUUAACAUAUAUAAUAUGGACUUCUAAUACUGCUCACACACACACACACACACACACACACACAAUUUGGUCCAGUAGUUUCGUACUGAAGUUCUCCCAUUUUGGGCAAAAGGAUAACUCUCUGUGAACUAGUGGAUGCAAUUGCAGAGGUCUCUAUUUCAUUGGAGUGAAUAGGGAACCAAAACACGCUGUGCAAAAGGUUCUGUGUGUGCCUCACAAAAUACAGGAAGGAUUGGGACAAUAGACUGCAGUUUUGAUGUCUUUUAGAACUGAGUGCUAAGUCUGCCAAACUGAAUGCAGUAUUUUUAUUUUUUACCAUACCUCAGAUAAGCCUGUUCAGCUGUAAGGUUGCAAGUGAAGCAUGCAUAGGCGUUAUAGGACUUAAUAAUAGUCAACUCUGUAAGAGAAAGGAAAUAUUCCCUUUUGUUCAGAACCCCCUGGUAUGCAAGUCACACAAUUAACACUAAAGAAUAUGAAGUCUUUAAACGGGCUGUGUCUGUAAUCAAAUAAUGAAAGAGGAAAAAUAGAGAGAAAGCAAUUAAAUGAACAUACCAUCCAGGGUCGAAUACAUCCAGCAAAAAUCAGUGGUGGGUCUUUGAUCAUAGUUGGAUGCAUAGUGAUAUCAAACGGAUGGUUCUCAUGUAACAGCUAAAUGUUUCAGAUUUUGUUUUUAUUAAAUUUGGCAGUUUCACACUGAGAUCUGCUGAUUCCUGGCAAAUAAAGGACAGCUCAAAUGUGAGAAAGUAUUCCAUUUUCACAAUUGCAGGGAGCUAGGAUUACUUUUUCCCCCCUCAGAAAAAGAGACCACAAAAAUGUACUCCUAUCACACUGUUCUCCUAUUUCUGAACUGUGCAGUUAUCUAUUAAAUUUUCUAAUAGAUCUUUGUGUAAAGUGUAUGUAUGCUUGUGCAAUUAUGAAAAAAGCAGUUUUUGAAAAUGGUGUAUUUAUUUCAAAUCACUUAUGGGGCAUGUACAAAACUGUAUAAACCCAUUCAAUCUGCCCAGUAAAGUUGUUUUUGUGAUAUUUCUGUGUUGUUGAAUAAAGGAAUUUAGUACUCU